GGGGAAGGGAGAAUACAGAAGGAGGGAGGAAGAGACAGAGAGCUAGAAAGGGAGGAGGAGUGAAGGGGAGUUCUGUAGGGACAGAGGAGGGGCCCUGACGUGAGAUACAGGGCAAGGAGCUUGCAAGAGCUUUUCUUCACGUCAUAUUAUUUCAUGGCAAGUGCUGGGGAGAGCAGGCAGACUCACAGCCAGUGGCUUUUACUCCUCUCCCUCCCCACCUCCUCCUCUCCCAUUGUAUAAUGCUUCUCGUUUCGAGCCAGGAAAAAGCACUGGCUUAAUCGUGCAGACAGAUCAACAUAUGGAGCUGGUGCUAGAUUAGGGGAACAGGGGUCGAUCCUGAUGUUUUAAACCUCAGGUGAAACUGCAUGUGGUAAGUUCCUGUGGGAUUUUUCCUUAUUUUCCUAUUGCCACUAACUCUUGUUUUAUUGUAUAUGAGCUGCAUGUCCUGUGUUCCAUGGCAGUGGGGAGCUCAGAACGUUGUGUAUGUCUGUCCUCCAGCGUUGGCAUGUCUUUAAUGGUUAUAGAUACUGUAUCACUGUAAAGUUCCAUCACUUGGAUUCAUCGCUACAUAGCGUGAAAGUAGUUUUAAGAAGUGUUAGGUUGGCCUCACUGGUUAAGAAGAGAUCGUUGCUUUCUUUUCUGCGAGCGAUGUUGUCAGUUUUAUUUAUUUUUGUUCCAUUACUGCUUCCUCACCCUCCUGUCUAGUUAUGUUAUCUCUGCCCACCCCUGUGUAUUAACUUCAGCUUGCCAUGUAGCUUUGAGCUUUAUUAUGUCAUGUGAACAUGCUGCGUUACAGCCACUGCAGGCGCUACCUGCUUCUAGAAAACGUGAUCGUGAAGCAGUUGUCACUUGGAGAGUAGCUGGAAAAUACAAUCAGAUUACAACCUAAGAAAGGCUCCAUGACACAACUUCACUGCUAGGUCCAGGAUAUUUUGUAACAGAUCCAGUAGUUUGGGCACUUUUCUUGAAGUUUGAAGACCACGAUCUUUCUAAUCUCCUGUCUACAGUUGCUCAUGUUUAACAUCUUUAAUGUCAUUUAUUGGGUGAUUAAAAUUUCAAAAAAUUUAAAAGUGUUAUUUCUGUCUUGUGGCUAAAAUGGAAGUAAAAACUUUUUUUUGUCGUUUUGCUAUUGCUGUAUCUCUGUGUCUACAAGUAAGUUAAGUGGGUGGGUAUAUGUGUUGAUGCCAGGGGAUGGGGGCGAGGAUUUCAUUUCUGAAUUGCAUGAUUUGAGCUGUCUGGCAUUGUCAGGGUUCAGUGUUGCACUUGCUGCAUUUUAACAUUAUUCUUGUUAGCAGUGAACACAGUAGCCCUGGCUUGUAAAUGGUGUAAUGGCCAGUGCUGGCAGUGCUGUGUGUUCUUUUCAGACUGUAGCAGGCAAACAGUGGGUAUCUGCAGUUGCAGACAGAUGGCCAAACUCAGUUUGCCUGGACCUUUUGUCUACAAGUAAAGAUUCUGGAAACAAUUGCAAGUGUGCAGGCUCACUUUAGAAUGGAUGUUUCAGCAGGAUUCCACCUCAGUAUGGCAGUAUCUCAGACACAAACAGACAGGUUCACAUUUGUGAUAUUGUUGAGAGAAAAUUGAUUGUGUAGUCCUAUAAAUCUACCCAAAUCUUCCUGUGGGGUUAAAGCCAAGGGUUAUAGGUCAGGCCCACACCCAGUCAUCUGUGUGAAAUUCAGGGUUUGUAUGGCAGCUUGUGUAUAUAUAAAAAUAUAUAUGUAAACAGACAUAAUAAGCAUUCAAUCAGCUGGCCAUUGUGGUAAAUUUACAAGAAAAUUGCAACAUAAAAUAAAUCAACAAUGGGGAAUAAGAGGUGGGGGUAGAAAGGGAUCUCCAAAUGAUCUACUUCUGUUAAUUGACUGUUGUGGCCGAAAUCGUGCGAUUACCUUGUCUAUUCAGCGCAAUUAAGCGUUUAUUAAGUAAAUUAUGUAGUGUCAUCCUUUCACUUGGUUUGCGGUACUAAAGAACAGAAGAAACUUUGCUCACAUGUGUCUAUUGCAACUAUGGCCCAAAUUAGCCCAAGCUAUUGUAGAACUAUUCCCAUGAUGCUUUGCCAGUAGUUCUACACAACCGCCUUGAAGUCAUCCCUGAUAUAAUGCUUUUAGCAUCAUCUUAAAAGUCUUGUGUGUGUAUAUAUAUAUAUAUUUCCCAUUUUAUUUUCCAUUUAGCCAAUAAAGCUUUCUUUACUUAGAACCAUUCAAAAUAUGGUGGUCAGUUGCAUCCAUUAAAAGAUUAUUAUAGAUAUUUUUUGUACUUUUAAAUAAUACAAUUACGCUUUGGUAUUGCUGAAAUUAGGAUAUUUGGCUGUUUCAUAUUUACAUCGUAUUGCACAAUCAGGGAUGCAUGUCUUCUGUUGUUUUUAUGAAAAACCACAGUACUUUAUUAAGUGUUUGCUCAAAAAUAAAUGUAAUUUGUGCUAUGAUAAGAGGCUUUGUCAGUCUUGCUGGCAAAUCACGAUGUGGGUUGUAGUUUUAAAACAGCUGUUGUUUUUUUGUUUACCUUCCUCUGUUCUACGGAAAAUCUCUGUGUACAGCAGUCAAGAAUGACAGACAGAAAAUGUUGUGUACGUUUUGGCCUAAUUCUGGCCUAUAAUUCAAUGAAAAUACAUAUAUUGCUUUGCCUCUUUGACUUGAUAGCUGGACAGCUUACAUUAUAUCUGAGUUUGUAAAUACAAGUGGCAUUGUCAAAAAUUUUCUCUUUGCUAUUUUUGAGGAUCUUUUUGAAUCAUAGCUAUAAUAUUCACUAGACAAUUUGUCUACUGAGAAACCACAACAACAGGUCUAUGGUAUCUCUAUAACCCUUGCACUGUUUCUUUGUGGGUUAGAGAGAUAGCAUAUCGACACCUUGGCUACUAGUAGUUGUGGGUCUUUGUUUAGUUUUUUUUACAAUUUUCAUUUUAGUUAAUAUUUUUAAAGCGCCAAAAUACUCAGUAUUUCUGUAUAACUGGUCAAAAACAGGCAAUAAAACGCAUAUUAAUACAAAAGCAGCAAGUAUCCCUGUCGUGGUCUUAAAAUCUUGCAAAGGCCCUAUUUGCAGCAUUUUGCCCUAAAUCCGAAAUAGUCAAGAAAGAAAAUUCUAAUUAUGCAGUGCUGUAUAAAUUUAGCAAGGGGUAAAUUUAUGAAUUUUUAGUUUUACAGACUUGCAAUGUAUAUUUUUAAAAAUAAACUUGUAAUUGGUUGAUUUGAUUACAUUUUCACAAAAUAAAUGUUUGUUCUGCUUUCGAAGAAAAUCCUAGUUUGCUUUCGCUUAGUUUAAAAAUUAUUUUAAGCUAUAAUUAAUAUCGUCACGUAGAUAUAAUUUCCUCAUAAGUCAAACUGUACCUUAAAUACUGGACGGAGAAGGAAGUUGUAAAUAGAUUUUUAAAAGGCUAAAGAUUUCAGAAGUUUUUAUGAAUCCCCAUUCAUUUCUGUAAAACUUUAAUGCUCAUUACUGGUGUAUCAGCAACACUGUAGGUUUUAUGAACAAUGCAGAUUUUUUUUCCUAUAAUUUAUAUUCAGCAAAAUGAAUAUUACAAACAUCAUUAUUACUAAGCCUUUUUUUUUUUACAGUAAACAACUAACUUUUAACUAAAGCAAGAAGAGUGUCAAUGCAUUAUGCAGCUGUGCGAGGUAGAUUAUUAUAUCAAAUAAAUAAACACUUUUGUGCCUAAAGGGGACAUUUCAUUUUCCAAGUUUUUCAUCAUGAUAGAAUCUUUGUAAAAAAAAAAUGAAGAUAUGUAAUUCUGGAAUUUUACUGAUAUUUCAACGUAUUCAGAGGUUAUACAUAUGGCUAGUGAAAAAACAACAAGGCAGGGGAAUGCCACAAUCAGCUGUCAGCUAACUAGGAUAAUAACAGCUGCCAUUAUAGACAUCUUCUGACGAUGCAAUAUAUACUUUUGACAUAGCUGCAUAUGGACUGGAAGGAUCAUUUGUGGGAGACCCUAUUGACAUGCGCUGUUUUGGGGGAACUUCCGUAGUCCACCAUUUUGUACUCUUGCUGCAGCUGCUUGACAGAGAACAGUGGAAUUGACAGAAUGUAGCAAAGAGCCUGUCUUAUGAGACAGUCAUAGAUGAGCUCUUGGACCAAAUGCAGGUUACAGAUUUGUUUCAGUCGCACAUUUUAACCACUCAAGUAACUGGCUGAUACCUCCAGAUCAAUGGUUUUCCGUCCAUUCCUCUAAGACACCCGUUAUUGCUUUUUUAUUAGAUAUUUCUGUCUGUAAGAUGCUUUGAGAACUGGAUUGGAGCUGUGGGAUCUAGUGCAUGGGUUGUGGUGGUUUAACAAAUAACAUGAAAGAUUUUGGCCCAAAUAACGUAACUGAAAAACUAAAAUUUCUUCUGAGGCUUAGUUGGAUAUCUUUCCCAAUUUCACUAUUGUUUUGGUUUGUAGACACUCAUCUAAACUUGCUCUUUAUUGAACAGUCCCUAAAUGCUUCAUAUGAAAUAGUAACGGUUCUUAUUACUUUGUUCCGUGUAUUGUAACACGACUGUGAGAGUGCUGCCACUUUGCUCUCUUUUGUGUCUGUUACCGCGCUGAGCUUUUUCCGUGCUUCUGAUUUUUGUACAUUUACCGGUCUUUCCUUUAAACUUAGUAUCACUGAACUUUUUAUUGGUAGUUUGAGCUCUGUCCUUUGUUUGUGCCCUGUUAGAUGGACUCUGUAGGAGUGCAUGUACCACAAAUACACACACACACACACGAAAAAAAUCAAGUCUUGUAAAAGGCUUCCUGGUGUGUUUUGAUCAUUCUUGCUUUAUUAGCAAAAUAGAGUUACUCAUCACGAUUCUCUUUGCUUUGUGCAAUUAUGUAAAAAAAUUAAAAAAGGUUAUUUACAUUUUCAAAAAUCUGUUCACAAAUGCACACAAUUCUGAUAGAGUUAGCACAAAGCUAAAUUUGAUGCUAUCUUGUUUUUUAAUUGGGCUGUUUAAGUCCAUUUAUAGGGGCGGAAAGUAUUAAACAUUGUAAACAUUGCAUGAGUUUUGUAGUGGAGAAAGUUGAUUCAGACUGUUAAGAUAAACUCAUAUUGCCAGACUUCUUCCCAGCGCUAGAUUAUCAGUGAAUCUCUAGAAAGCUUUGAGGAAUGGAAGCUGUCCGAUAAAAGUAAUCUUAUCUAAUCAGUAUUAAACCAAAACAAGUAGUGAACACUAGGCUGCUAUUGGGCAAUCUCAUCACUGGAGAAAGGGGCUAGUGAUCGAUGUUGAGGCGUGGAAUCCAUUUUGGCAUCACAUCUCUGCUCAGCAAUGCCUAGUCCACAUUACAACCAUUCAGCCAUUACUAUUUAAACAUGCAGUCAUUGCUUUCAAUUAUAAUUAACUAUUGGACAACACACCACUAGUGAUAAAUUAUUAUUAAAGAGUUACUCCAAUCACCAUGGUUAUGCCAGGAGUACCCUGGCCCAAUUCCCUGGUAAUAGGGCAAACCGUUAAACACUGAUUUGCCCCAUACCUAGACCACUGCCGAGCUCCGAGGCUUCCUUGUGGUUUGGGGAAGCACCUCUGGCUUCUGCAGAGCUGCAGGAGCCACUAUCGUUGCCAUUCAUUAGUUAAGAGCAUCAGCUGACCACGUUCAGCCAAUAGCUGACAUUCUCUGCAAUUAAAGUUGCACAGAAUUGACAGUAUUCUAGUGUUCCGGGCUGGCUGAUGACAACUCAGCGAUGUUACACCUCCAGCAGUUAAUGAGGUAAACUCCGUAUGUGCAGCAUUUCAUAGUGAAUUGCUACACAUACAGACCACAGGCACCAUAAGCACUUCAAAUCACUGAAGUGGUCAUGGUGUUUGCGUUCACCCUUUAAUAGAUAUUCUGUUCUGCUACAGCAAGGGCUCAAUGGUGUGUGUGUGUGUGUGUAUAUAUAUAUAUAUAUAUAUAUAUAUAUAUAUAUAUAUGGUGUUGGUAAAUAUUUAUUUAAUAGAACUUACUUGUCUUUAAAGUCACACGGCAAUUUGGAAAAUACCACAAACACUCCCAUCUGAAAGAGACCCCAAAAGACCCUGAAUGCAACAGAUUCUUGCAUGCCCAACACCUCUAAAGUUGUGAUUAUUCAUUAACUAACCAGGAAAUAAUUAGUACACCAUAGUCAUCUUCACAUUAAUUUCAGUGGGAAAUGUCUAAGCAAGCUUGCAAACAUGUGAACUAACACACACACAUGCUUAUUUUCAUGCAGCUGCCCAUUCACAUGACCGAGUGUGCGAGCAAGCCUCACUCAUUCCAAGGGGAAUUGCUGAGAUUGCAUAAUAGUGCAAAACUGUAUACAAAUUGGUUGUUCACUAAUUAUUCUUACCACACUAAAGGAAUGCCAGAAAGCAGACAGGUGAUAAGUGUAAAAUGCCCCCAAAAAACAAGCAGACCUUUUUUUCCACCUUCUUUAUGUAUGCACAUUUUGUUAGAAUGAGCAAAAAAAACAAUAGAUGCUUAUGCCAAGGUUCUCUGCAUCUAAGAUGGCAUUGUCUCUCUUGCCUUAAACACGUCAAUUUUUUAUUCAUCUUGUGAAGCAAUGCAUUAUUUUUAUUUCAGUCUAAUUUUCAGUUUAUUAAAUCACUUGCGGAAAUUGCUAUCAGCGAUUGAAUCUGAAGGAAUAUUUGGUUGAGAAGACCACCAGGUCUUUCAUUACAUAUGCACUAAGUGCAUGAUUUUCAUUUAUUUUUUUUGUAUUGAAUAUUUUUUCAUGUUUUAUAGUUUUCUGUCAUGACUUGGAGCUCGCCUUACAUUUGUGUAUGUUGCCUCUAUAUAUUUGUGAGCUGUAUUAUACAUAGACUUGUCCAUUUUAUAUUAGCUUUCCUAUUGUUAAUUAAAAAAAUAUAUAUUUUUGUUAUUCACGGUCUGGUGCAUCUCAUUCAUUCUCAUAAACGACCACCCAACACCGACAUCACUAUUGCAUUGUUAACUAAUAUAUCACGAUACAUUUAUGCAUAAAUUGAUGUCUGAAUCCAGGUGCCAAAGCCAACAUUUAGAAGCCAGACAAAUGCUAAUUAACAUUGUUAUCAGGAUUGCAGUAGAUGCUGAUUGCAGACUGCUCCUGAGCACUGCAAGAGAUAAUGUACUACAAGUGGUCUAGUGGUACAGGGAAUGGAGCAGCUAAGACAAAUAAACUGGCAUACUCUUCAUAAAGUAGCAGAAAAAGACUACUAGGGCUCUGAGUCAUAAAGGCGGCUAACAGUCUUUAGGGUGGCCAGACUACACUUAUACUUAUAUACAUUCCAUGGAUUCUUGAUUACAUCAUACAAUAGGAGGAACCUACUGGUGCAGUUAGACGGUCAUGUACCCCAAGAGAGGGCUCUAUUUAAUCUAUUGCUCUCAAAUAGCAUACAUAGCAUACAUAGGGAAUAGGUAUAACCUAUGCAUGCAGUGCGGUUCUGGUGCUGCCGCCAUUAAGUGUACUGGGCGAUAGAUAAGGGGACUCGUGAAGUCUGUCUUGCCAACUCUCACAAUAUAUAUCACUCACAGCUGUGUCAGAAUGUCAUCCUGAUUGGUGGAGAUCAAUAUGAGUAUGUGUGCAUGUGUGUUCUCUUUUGAUCUGUACGCCAAGAUACGUGUAUAUGUGGCUCACAGUAAUGUUUUUAAUUACUUACAAACUCCAUUAUUAUUCAUUGGCAAAGUUAUGAGUUCUGUAUUCUACAUUAUACCUAAUGUGUGUUUUUUGCAUUGAUAAUCAGUUUAUCAGGAGAUCCGUGUAUGAAUGUAUAUAUUAUUUUGUAUGUAACAGUGCAUUAAUCGAGGGAUGGGCUUUUGUAGAGCCACGCUCAUACCAUGGGCCUGCUGUGCAUAAGCCUGUUCAUCGCAAGUGGUAAAUAAAUAAUGGUUGCAGUGAUUUCUCUCGUCUCUGAGCACUGUUUUCUGUAUGCCGGACACAAGAAGAGAUGGCUCUCAUUGCAACAGUUCUUGGCAAAAAAAAGGAAUCAUAGCAUAGAAAGCCGUCUAGUUACAUGUUACAGAGUCCAAAGAUCAGCAGCUAAAAAGGAGCAAGGUCCAUUUAAAUAUAGACGGCCUGAUUGCAUUUCCUACAUUAAGUCUAGUGUACUGCAUUUCUAACUUGCCCAUACAUAACCCAUUCAAUACCAGAUGGCCCUAUAUUCCCUAAAACAGUGAGGUGCAAACUGAGACAGUCGUAUUUAACUACCCCGUUAAUUUAAUAGGUCAAUAAUAGUAGACAUACUUAUUGCAGUAGCUAUUUUCAACAUUCAUAUUGAAUAUCAGUUAUUUUAGAUACCUCUUUUUACAUUAUAAAAUGUAUUAAUACGUCUUUCUUCCAGAUCAUGGCAGAUUGAUAAAUAUUGUCCUCAUUGUAGCAGGCAAAAUGUGGAACCCAGAGAAUAAUGCAUUGUACUGUGUUCAUGUUGCAAUUCCUUAAUCCAGAUGCUUUGCUGCAUUUGUGACUGCAAGGGCCAAAUAAAUGAGAAUGUAAAAGAUGCAUGCAAUUACUCUAUAAAUCUAUUUUAAACCAUAGAACCCAUUUGGCGUUUCUGUAGGUAGGACACCAACUAAUAUUUAGGAUACUUUCUAAUAAUGACUUUUUGACCAGGUCAGUUCUGUGAUCAUGUAAAAUCUUGAACCUUAGAAAUAAAUAUAUGGAAAUUUGUAUUUGAAUUAUAUAGGUAAUGCUCUAUCCUAAAGCACCAAAACCACAAAACAUAAAGUAACAAACUUUCCUGUCUAUGUUUAGUUUAAAGGGACACUAUAGUCACCAGAACAACUACAGCUUAAUGUAAUUGUUGUAGUGAGUAUAAUAACUCCCUUCAGGGAAUUUCAUGUAAAUACUGCCUUUUCAGAGAAAAUGCAGUGUUUACAUUGCCCCUAGGGACACCUCCAAGUGGCCACUCCUUAGAUGGCCACUGGAGGGGCUUCCUGGCUCAGGGCUGCACAGUAAGAAGCCCUGCCGUUCAGCGUCCCCACACUCUGCAUGGGGACACUGGAUUUUCCUCAUAGAGAUGCAUUGAUUCAGUGCAUCUCAAUGAGGUGAUCCUGAUUGGCCAAUAUAGUAUUUGGCCCCGCCCCGUGCCGAUUUCCUCCAAGCCAAUACUUUCCCUAAUGCCAUUUCGAUGAUGUCACCUGCGCGGCACUGGAAUGAGGUGAGUUUUAUACUUUUAUAGGGAGACUAGGGGGGGGGGGCAAGCCACCUAAAUGGUGGUUUAGCACUAUAGGGUCAGGAAUACAUGUUUGUGUUCCUGACCGUAUAGUGAUCCUUCAAUGUCAAAAUAUACAUUAUAUAUAUAUUAUACAUUGUAAUGCUGUAGAUUUAUCUAAAGUAGAGAUGUACUUUAUAAAGUUAGCUAGGGUCGAAACGUUGCUUUAGAAAGUUAGGUAGGGUCGAAACUUUGCUGCUUUGGCCCCAAUAAAGCUGCUAUUUUUCAGUGCCUGAACCGUUUUUUAUUCUGUAGAUUUAUCUAAAGUCACACAAACUCAGCAAUUCUUUUUUUCUUUCUUCAUUUCAAAGUUUCUUAGCUUCUCUAUGUAGGUACUAAUCAAGCAUAGUCUCUUUAAGAGCACCUGGUGUGCAUGUGUGAUGUGAUGGCAUAUGAUAGGGCUUACAACUCCCCCCCCCCCUCUCCCCAAAUAAGACAUCCAAUGAAAAUAAGCCAUAGUUGAGAUUGUCGCUAAUUCGCUAAUCUAGAUUUGUGGGUUUCCAUGCACUAGUAAGUUAAUCUAUGUUUGGGGAAGUUUUCCAGAACAUAGAUUCGUGGGAUUUUAAGCCCUAGUGAACUGUUCUAUGUUCGGGGCAACUCCACCGAAUGUUGACCUGCUUUCUUGCACAUGCUUGCCACUGUUCCUCCCCGAAAAUUAAGACAUCCACCGAAAAUAAGCCCUAGUGCGUUUUUCGGAGGGGGGGAAUUAAUAUAAGACCUGGUCUUAUUUUCAGGGGAAAAUGGUAGUGGCUGAAGUGACUACGGGCACAUGCAUGCACUCCUCCACUGCUCCCCUAAAGCUCGUCAAUGUGUGAGAGCAUAAUUGUAUCAUACAUGAGUGCAGAGAAUUGGAUUGUAAUAUAAAUAAAUGCAGAGCAUUUGAGCUAUGCAUCAGUAUGCAUGCAUGAAUUCUCUGUUAUUACUCAUGUGAAGUUAACCUUCUCAUCUUGGAUAACAAGCAAUAUUAAAGAGAAAUUGAUGUAAAAAUGAAAAUGAAUUAAAAUGUUUUGUUCUACUAUUUUUCAGACUAUAUUCAGUUUUAUGUAUACUGUGUGAAUUUUCUCAAUAUGUUAGAAAAGAUGCACAAUUAUAGACGCAAUAAUCAGCUGUUUAAUAUUUUUAUCAAAAAUACUCAGGAGUAGAGAUGUAUGUAGUAUAUUCUAGCCAACAGGGACCAUUUAGGCAGGAUCGCGUACCAAGCCGCAGUCAGAUGAUGUUGCUGCCUAUUUUGCCUUUCUGCCAGUUUGUGCAGUUACAUAUAGAAAUGUGCAUACUAACAGCAGAGGUCCAUCAGGACCUGGUUGGGCCUGCAGGAUAUAGCUUCAGAAGGAUGGCAUUUAAAGAAAUUCCAGGGAGGAGUUCUAGAAACAGAGCAAUUACCAUGGCAACUAAUUAAAUGCACCUCAUUGUUUCAUAUUUAGCACUUUGCCACAUUUAUUCUCAUUAAACCCUGUUUUGUUCAUUGCAUCAUUGGCACGCACAGAAUAAUCUUUAUAUUUAACUUUAAAAAAACAUUGUAAUAUAUACGUUAAUAUAUAAACUUUAAUGAGCCCCCUAUUUAAAAAAAUAUAUAUUAUCGUCUUUAAAUUUACAUUGAUUCAAUGGAUAGACUCCUCACUGCAGCCCAAUCCACUCUUGCUGAAGUCAUUAAGAUUAAUGGCUCAAAUGCUUCUCUUAAAGAAUCAUUGCAGACAUAUGGCGCAUGCAUCUUAAUCACCGUAAUUAGCCAAUCCAAUGCUUCUUUAUGAAUUCAUUGCUUCUUAUAGAGAAACAUUGGAUGCACAGCUAGUGUCUGGUGUCGACAUACUUUGCAUGCUGUCUCUGGAUGUGAAAUAGAUUCAAUAGGUUUCAGGCCCGUAGUUACUGCCGCCAUGGGCUUGGGAAUAUGGAAAUAUAAAUAUUGCCAUUUGGGGCAACGUCUAUGGCCAAUUCCCUUUAUUAAGAUAAUGUGAUUUGGGUGCUUAGAGUGUCCCUUAAAUAAACUCUCUGCUAUGUGUGCUACCUUUUCCAGUGGUAAUAUAUUGGCAGCUUUGCUUGCAUUCAUAUACCAAAGAUCAAAUUUUUUGUUGAUGAGGUUAAUCCAGCGGAUUGACUGAUUGGUUGAUUAAUUCAUUGAUCUGUGAAUCUGUGAUCAUCUUUGGCUCCCUUCCAAGAUUUUUAGGAAACUUUGUGAUGAACUGGUAUGCAUGCAUACUAUCCUUUUAUAUCUCUAUGUAUUUAAAUUUUAUGCAUGUUUACUUUGCAUGAAAGCUAGUUAAAAUACAGAAGAAACCACAAGUACAAUAUAAAUUUGGAAUUUGUUGGUGCUAUAUAAAUAUGAUAAUAAUCAACGUAAUAUUAUACCUUAAAAUUGUUUCAUCAACCAUAUGUUCUCUAUAUAAAUGUGCAUACCUAUCUCUGGCGGUCGAUAUAAGCUCUCUGCAUUUUACCUAAUGAUUAAUAUUAUUUUCUAUAAUAUCUGCUAUGCCAAUACAUUUUAAAUUAAAAAAAGAAAAGGGAAAAAAAUUAUAAUCAGCCAUUCAUUCAUGAAGCUGGUAUCGAUUUGCAUUACAGUAACAUACCCAGGAACUAAUAUUUUCUACGUAUUUAUAUUUUUGUGCGUUCUGAUUCCUAAUAUUUUCCACUGUCAGUGUGUUUGUGUGUGUGUGUGUGUGAGUGCUGGCUGAAGCAUUUUUUUUUUUUUUUUUGACAGUGAACUGCACCAUAAAAAGGAACGCCCAUAUGGCUUGAGGUAAACUAUGCAGAUCACUGGGGCUGGUUGCUGGAGACACGGUGGAGGGACAUAUUUUUUUUUCUCUCUCUCUCUUUUUUUCCCCCCUCUUCCAAAGCGUAAUGCAAGCUUGCUACAGCAGGUCUGACGAGUUUUUAUUGCCUUGAGGGAGAUUUGUGAAGAAUAGUUAGUCUAAAGCAUUUGUACCUAUUUCAUAACCAACAUGCUAUCUCCCUUCUAGUCCCUACAAUGUGAUACAUAUUCUGAAAUAUGUAUUUAAUUUAAUAUUUAUUUCUUGAACUGGUGUUUUAUUGGGUACAGUUGGGUGUAUUUAGCAGAAGAUGAGGUUGAGAGUUACUUGGAAUCUGGGAUACAAUCUAGAAGUCUGUAUCAUAUCCAGAAAAGUGUAGCGUCCCUCCCACCUGCCUUUUUUGAUUUUAGAUCCCCCCCCCCCCAGAUAAAAUAAAAUGGAUAAGCAAGUUAAAAAAAAUUCUUGUAAGCCUUUUUGUGAUAACAUUAAAUAUCAGAGACGUAAGAUUCUAAAAUAUUUCGGUUACAGAGUAACACUUAGAAUAUGUAAAGAAUGAGGAAAUUGAUACAGAGGAGCUAAAUUGUUCUAGGACACUUUAUUCGCCAUAUAUCGAGAUAAGUGUUUCUGUAUUAUUCGAACAAAUGUAACGUAACCAUACCUUUCUUUGUGUUCUUUUUUUCUGCCUACUAUCCCAACUAUAAUGGUCUGCUACAAAACAAAACUCAAUAAAGUUGUAAAUAAAUUUAAAAAAAUGGUAUGAGUAAAUGUUGAAGAAUGCAGUGGUUAAGAAAUUAGAAAAGUUAUUUGAACUGAUUCAUUCAAAACAUUGUUUUAGGCCAGUGGUUAAUGUAGGUGUUGGCCGCUUAAAAUACUUUGCUUUAUUAAAUAUAGACCAUUUAUACGGUUUUAAUGCAGCUUUUUCAUUCGUAAUUUUACAAUUUAUUUUUACAAUAUAUUCUCAUUUGCCUGUUUCUGCACUAGCCAUUCGGAACCUAAGAGCUCUGCAGCUUUUCUUUAGAGACAGCAACAUUUCCCUGUAGAAACAAAAACUACAAACACUUGAGACUUAAAGGGACACUAUAGUCACCAGGACUACUACUGCAUACAUCUCUACUCCUGAGUAUUUUUGAUAAAAAUAUUAAACAGCUGAACAGCGUCUAUAAUUGUGCAUCUUUUCUAACAUAUUGAGAAAAUUCACACAGUAUACAUAAAACUGAAUAUAGUCUGAAAAAUAGUAGAACAAAACAUUUUAAUUCAUUUUCAUGUCUAGACUACGUUGGCAGGCUUUUCAAUGUAAAUCUGUUUUUCACAGAAAAGGCAAUGUUUACAUUGCUACCUAACAACACCUACAGGUACAAUAACUACUGCCACUAGCGGUGCUUCCUAUCUCAUUGCUAUACAGGGUUGAACACUCCCCAUAGAGAUGCAUUGAUUCAGUGUAUCUCUAUGAGCAGAUGCUGAUUUGCACAGUGCUUUGCCGCGCAUGCCAAUAGCCUCCCAAUGCUUUUCUAUGGGAGAGCAUUAGAUUGGCUGAGAUCUUCUAGAUUGAUGAUCUCAGCCAUGGCAAGAUUUACGCAACGAGUGAGAAAAAGUAUGUAAACCCACCCUCUAACUCCACAGAGGGGGUCCGGUCUCCUAAACAUCUAGUUUAACACUAUAGUGUUUGGAAUGCAUGUUUGUAUUCCUGACACAAUAGUGCUCAUUUGACAUGGGGAAACAAUAGUCACCUUCCACUUGUCUCUAGUGACUGUAAACAGUUCAGGCGCUUAUUUUCGGCAUGUGCCACCAACAUUGUAAGCUGUGAUGUGGCCAUUGGUAAACGUAUAUGUAAAGAUACAUACCCUCAUUCAUCUACUCCUGCGACAACUUCAUUUUAAAGUGGUACUUUAAGCACCACAACCACUGCAGGUCAUUGUCGUGAAUAUGGUGUACAUGUGUGCCACUUAUUAGUUUUAUGUUAAAGGAAUACUAUAGGGUCAGGAACACAAACAUGUAUUCCUGACCCUAUAGUGUUAAACCCACUAUUUAGGUGGCUCCCCCUCCCCCCCAUCAGCCCCCUUAAAAGAAAUUAAAACUCACCUUUUUUCAAGUGCCGCACGGGUUUGCCGGUGCUGGCUCCGCCCUAGAUCCGCCUCCUUGAUUACAUAAUCCGAACUGCUGAUUUGUAGCCAAUCCAAUGCUUUCCCAUUCGGCCAAUCAGCACUUCUUCGUAGAGAUGCAUUGAAUCAAUGCAACUCUAUGAUGGAAAUUCAGUGUCCCCGUGUAGAACGUGGACAAGCUGAAGGCACUGCUGUCUACUGUGCAGCACUGUCACAGGAAGCACCUUCAGUGGCCAUUUGAGGAGAGGCCACUUGGAGUUAUCCCUAAGGGCAAUGUAAACACUGCCUUUUCUUUGAAAAGGCAGUGUUUGCAUGAAAAUGCCUGAAGGCAAUGAUUAUACUCACCAGAACAACUACAUUAAACUGUAGUUGUUGUGGUGACUAUAGUGUCCCUUUAAAUUCUUUCAGAGCAGUUGGAGAAAAAACAAAACAGGGUUCUCCACCGUGGAUGAAAUAUUAGUAUUAUUAUUAUUUUUAAUACACCAAAAAAAAAACACAGAGCUGUACAACUGGUGUACUAACAAACAAGUGUUUGCAGACCAGAUCAGGACAUACAGAAACAGUAUGUACUGAGUGCCCAUCUGAAAUGCACUGACAUUCUAGGAAAAGAUAGGCUGAGAGUCCUGGGCCCUACAAGAUCACAACAACCUGUUUAGUUUGUUGCCUUUUGAGAAUGUCUUCUUUUCCUUUAGCCAGUAUUGCCAGGAGUAUAUCUGAAUGUGUGGGUUUUCAGAGCACAGAGAGAAGCUAUUAAUCAGGAUAGAAUUUACACAGAAUGGAACUGUACAACAAAAAGCUUGGUAAAGAAGUACCUUACAUCCCAGUUUUACACAGUGCUGUAAACUAAUAAGACGUGUGCGUGCUGCCUGUCCAAAGACAUAAUACAGCCACACCUCUGGAGCCACGGCCACACAAAGCACCACCCUUUACAAUAAACCAUUAACCUAAACUGGUAUUUAACUUCCUCCAUUCCCUUUUCCUGUUAAAUUCUUCCGUUCAGCAUGCAGUCCCCAUGCAUACCCAGUACAAUUUACUCUGAAUUUCAGUGUAGUUCCUUCCUCUACCUUGUACAGUUCUCUCAUUCAGUAUUUGAAAUUUUGAUAUCAUGUUGCUAUUUACAAAAAAAUGCUUCCCUCUUGGCAUUUGGAUAGUUACAGGUUAAAGAAACACUAUAGCGUUAUUAGUGCAAACCUGUGUCCCAAACGCUAUAGUGCAACUGUCCAUAGUUGUGUUAAGGUUAUUCCCCAGUCCCCUCAUUUGUCAUAAAAAGUUAUAAAACAAAUAAUUUACUUACUUUUUUUAGCACUCUCUGUCCCACAGUGACGUCAUGGAGGAGGCAUGGCCUCAUAUGUGAUGGCUCUAUCCAAUGCUUCUCAUAGAGUGAUACACACACAUUCAAGCUUCCCAAUAGAAAUGCAUUGUAUUCAGUGCUUUCCUAUGGGCUUCCGUGUCACAUGACCAAAAUGGUCUAAACGAUCGUCCAGGGCUGCUGUACCUCUUGUGCAGAGAGAACUUGACGGCAUAUCGGUUAUGGACUGCCCCUAUGGUAUAGGUUCUCUUUGUAAUGGCACAAGUGAGCAAAAACAUUUUUUUAACCUGAGCGGGGACUAAACGAAGGGCAAGCUACUGAGUUUCUCUAAGCUUUUGCCCGUUCUCAUAGUCCUUAUAUUCUCUGUUUUUGCGCAGUAGUUUAAAUGUUUUGCAUUGCAUAGUUAAAAGGACAGAGGACACUGCACCCAGACUAUAGUCUCCCUUUACAUUUGAGUUCCGCUUGGUAAGGGUAUGUGUACAUGCUUUAAUAACAGCAUGAUCUAUCGUUUAAAGACAUUGCACAAAACACGUUAAAGCUGCCUUGUCACCUCUAUAGACAGCAGUGUUGUACUCUCGCACACUCCCUGGUCACAUGUCACAGCAUGACUUCUAACCUCCCUUGCAGAUACUAGAGGUCAGAGAGGAUUAGAGUGUCCCCUUAUACUGUCUCAUGAUUGUGUCUCUGCCCGAUGAUCCCAUCCUUUUUCAGAACCGACCAGCAUCUGAUGAAUAUUUGAUCGUUCAUCGAAACAUGAAUAGUGGCUCCUGUACAAUCCCUAUAUGCCUUGACAUUCCACGUACCUUUGAAACUAGCCAAUUCCUAUAUAGCUUCUUCCCCUAGUAUGGUAUCCUCAAAACCUUUUGACUGGUGCAGUAUUCACUUUGUGUUUCAAGCUGUUUGAGUGUAUAAAUCCUGUCUGGAUUUCAGUUCCAUAACUUUACUUUCCGUGCUAUGAAUACUCUUUAACCCGAAGCAUUCAUUCACACACGCGAGCAUCUUAGCGAGAGAAUCAGACUUUCCUAUUUCAGAAACACAGCCUGUUCUAUGCCUGAACUAGCACUGAUAUGUUCCCAACACCUCUCCUAACUCGUUCUUCUUGCAUUCAUCAUAAUAAGAUUCUUGCCUCUCAUACAUGAAGCCAUGCAAACAUUUUAUUUUGCCUCCAAUCUAUUCACAUUAGACUACAAAGCAUAACUCAACAUUUACAUUCAAAACGGACAAAUAGUGACACUUUAAUUUUAGGUAUGUGUGUGUGGAGUUGUAGCUGGGGGCGGGGGUGUACAGAGAGGUAUUAUUUGACUUACUAAUAACAAUUUAUACAACUAAAGUGUAACUUAGAAUAAAAACAAUAUAAUCUUAUUUACGCAGACUAAUUUCUUUAAACCUUUUGUUGCAGUUUAGACACAUGUCUUCUGUGAGUGUUAUUGCUGCGGAGCUCUCACAUAAAUUCAGACUCUCCAAGAAUAAUGAGUUCCUACAAAAGAGGGACAUUAGGAUAGAAAAAGUAGUCAGCUGGAGUUGGUAGCGAAAUAAUGAUUGUCCCUCCUAUGUAGGGACACUUUGGAGGUAUGACACAGUCACCUAGGCACGUUUGUGAUGUUCUGGGUUCUAAUUUAAACAGUAAAAAUUAGGAAUAUAAAAUAUUUUAACUUUUUAAAUUCCGUAUUACAAGACAUUUUGUGGCACAAGUCGUGUGAGCUUUGGUUGCAUAGACUUGUAGUUCAGUUGAAGGCACCCCGUAGGCCCUCCUUGUUGCCCAAUGCCCAUCCAGCACUUAAUGGCAACCAGGAAAGGCUACAACAUCUUCCCAUCUAUUGCUAAUUCUUCUUCUAUUUUUCUGGUUUUUUUUUUAUUUUAUUUUAAUUUGGGUAGCUAUUUUUUAGCAAAACGAUUUUAUGAAUACUUGAUGGUAAAAGGUGAAAAUAAUUAUAUUUUUAAAAAAAUUAGAGUUAUGUGGUAUUUUGUUUUCAAUUUACACCUGUUGCAAAUAAUGUCCAUUCGAAAAUACAAUGCAUCCCGACACGCAGGGAUUACCGUACAGUAAAACACAAGACAUAAUUGCUACAUCAUUGAACCACAUGACACUACUAUACAAUUUUAAGGUUAAGUAACAAAACAACCACAGUUUAUUUCCUUUAAACAUUAGCUGUGGUGCACAGUAUGCUAAACUGAAUUCCAGUGGGCUGAGUACUGUAUUGUUUGGAAUAAGUUGAUCAGGCCCUGCUUAUUAAAGGAUUAAAAAAGAGUCCUAAAAAAUAUAUGAAAAAAUACACAUUGCAGGGCAGUGAUGCAAUGUAUGAACUACACCGGUUUGCAUUUAAAAUACAUUCAAUUAAAAUAUUAACAUAAAAUUCUCUCUUAUGUGACAGAUCCCCCUAUCCCUGGAUUAUUAUACUGUUAAUUUCUGCUGAUUUGUUACACUGCGUAGUUCGGUAUAUGGGAUUCACCAAACAUCUGAGACCCAUCUGGUUUGUAUACCGAACAAAUUACCGAACAGCCAGACCACUCAGGGAAGUCGUGUGCUGCUCAUUGACCCUCUUCAUCCUUGUUUGCACCUCGGUAACCGCAAUUACCUCAACAUUCUGAGCAGUCAGCUGGGUGGCCAUCGUUCGUAUGGACAAACGUGGCCAUCUUUAGCGUGUUUGGUCGGCGAGUGCAUGAAACUCAAAUCGGACACUUGAUGUCGCGAACACAGCUAGAACUUCAACUUCUUUUAAAGUUCGGUAAAACGGGUGAGAAUUAAAUGACGUUCGGUUGGAGCAAGCUCCUGAUCGGGGGACAUGUACUGAAUAUACCCACGAACCAUUAUUUGGUACUCCCGAAAGACACCGCACAGCCUGAUUUCAUGGAAAUCUUUUUGGCAGGAGCCUCGUGUGCGGUCAGUUAAACUAUAACUUCCAUGGAAAUCCCGAACCCCUAAACUGAUCUGGGUGAUUUUUGGGCAUGUUGGUCCCCCAGAUCGGGGCUGUCAGGGGAUGUGACUUGUGGGGUGUCCAUGUGUUUCGGGGGUAAAUGGAAGAUAUUGUAAAAUGUAUGUUUUCUGUGCCUGGAGAUAAUUGAGUUUAGUACAGUUCCUGACUCAAUUAUCUCUCAGGCACAGGAGUGGGAUUACACUGUUUUGUGUAGGAGUGUCCUAGACCCGAGAGCCAAUGUAACUACAGUAUGUAUUUUUUCAUAGUCCCCUCUCAGGUCCGGUGGGGAAUGCUCCUGGAAUAUGUAGGAGAAAAUCCCUUGCAUGGGGACUUGCAUAUAAGGCCAGUUGUGGCUACCAAUAAAUCAGUUCCUGCUUACCCUCAACAUAGAGUCUCAUCUCAUGUUUGUAGGGAACAGCUAUACCGUGAUUUGGAUUAUCGUACUUGGGAUUAUUGUAGCAUCACUCUGAAUAGGGGGAAAGAAUAUCUCUGGCGGCGAAACCCCUCUUCCUCUCGGGGUGGCCGCCACAUCUUAGAACUAGGAAACUCAGAUUCGAAUCCUCAUAGAUUGCAAGCUUGUUUGAGUAGGGCCUUUUUGCCUUCUUAUAUCCUCUUUCUAUAUUAGUAAAGAAUUGGGGUAUAUGUUGGCGCUGUGUAAAUGCUUAUAAUAAAUAAAAAUAACUAGCUGUUAUGCCAGGCAGUAAUUUAUAUAAUUUUUAUAUAUUUUAUAAAAGCAUAAUUUUAUUAUGGACGAAGAGUAGGUGCAGUGAAAUAAUGAAAUAGCUACUGCAAGGUUUGGAGAGGGACAGUAUGGUCACUUAAACAACUUUAGCUUACUAGAGCCGUGUAUAGAUCAUACCUAUUAAGUAUGACUGCUCAAUUCUCUGCCAUUAAGAAGUUAAAUCACUUUUGUUUCUGUAGCCCUAGCCACACCUCCUCCACAGCCUGCAUGGAAAAAAUGGUUUCACUUUCAAUCAGAUGUAACUUACUUUAAACCUUUUUAUCUCCUGCUCUUUAUUUGAACUUUAAUCACACACAGGAUUUGCAAUAAAGAAAGUGUAAACAUUAGAUGAAUCUUUACAGGAAGUGUUAUGAAGGAUUUGCAAGUCACAUGCAGGGAGGUGUGACCAGGGCUGCAUAAAUAAAGUAAUUUAUUCCUAAAUGACAGAGAAUUGAGCAAUGAGACUGCAGAGGCAUGAUUUAUUCACCAAAACUGCUUCAUUAAGCUAAAGUUGUUUGGAUGACUACUUGUUAUCUAAGCAAUUAGUUUUUUCUCUCUCUACUAGUGUAUGUUGUGUUUUUCCGUUUGUGUUGUGUUUGCUUUGUCUGUGUUUUUGAGGUUUUUUUUUCAUUUUUUUUUUUCAUUCGGAACGACAUAAUAAAUAAACUGUGAUAAUAGAGAAGCAUGCUUUUCAGAAUUUCCCAGAUUCAGCAUGACAGUCGCAAUUUGGUACCCGACACAGUUCUGUUUUUAUUCUAUUUGUUUGGUUUUGUUUUCACUUCUUCUCUGGCGUCCUAUCGCCUUUUCUGAAAAGACUCUUCUAGGACAUUUCUGGCCACUGUUGUUGCUUGGACAAGCCCAGAUUAGCUGUGUAGAAGGGCUGCCUUAUAAUUUGGCAGGCAUGUGCUCAAACACAAAAAAACAAGUCCUGCGCUCAAACUCCUAGCACUCCUGGGCCGCAGCAAUAACCAUAAUACAAAGCCACAAUACAUACAGUAAAAACAAAAGAAAAAAAGUUACCUGUGCUCUCUCCCAAAUCCCUAUGUAUAUUUAAACAAAUGGAGUUAAUUUAGUUACUCCAAUGGUGAUUGGAGGGAAUGCCCGCCUGUGCUCAAACACCCUUCUGAUGCUUUCGCUAACACCUCUUAUCCAGAUCCAUAAUCUAUGUAUCUAUGCAUCUUAAUAAGCUUGAAGAGCACCCUUUUUUACUUUCAAUAAAAAUUUAAAUCCUGCAUACAUAUCAGCUCUGCUUUUUGGUCUUUCACUACCAUAACAAAGUGAUAGCUUUUUCUAUGGCUUUCUGCUAUGGUCUCAACAAACACAUUAAUAUUAAUAAACUAAUGGAAAGCUGCUUGCAUGUACCGUGCAGCUGCGCCUGGCCUUUCUCUGACAUAUUUGUACGACCGUUAUUGUUGUACAAGUGUUUAUUCCAUCCAUGUCUUGAGAUAUCAUCCAAUAUGCACGCAAACAUAUAAUGUUAUAGAUGGGUAAAUGCUCAAUUUAGAAUGUGUUCAUUCAAUACUGCAUUCACAAGAAUGUGUUAUUCAUUGUUAAAUGAACACUCUAAGCACCAAAACAACUUUAGCUUAAAGGAAUACUAUAGUUUUAGGUAUACAAAAAAAAAUGCCUAACACUAUAGUGUCCGUCUGUCUACAUGCCUCUCCCCCUUCUUCCCCCCUCGACCAUGAAAAGUUUAAAACUCUUUCACUUACCUGUUUCCAGCUAUGAAGUCCCUUGGCACUGGAUCACUCUCUACCUCCUCCAACAUCAGCGAUAGAGGGAACCUAAUGCGCAUGAGCGGAGAUUUUCAAGACGCUGGAAGUUCUUAUGAAAGAAAAGGACAUCCAGCGUCGUUUCACUGAGUUAAAUUCUGUGAAAGAAUAAAUAAAAUAAACAGAUAAAAAUCAAUGGUGUGCAAAACACAAUAUGUGUAAGUAUGCUUGCUAUGAAAACCUAGAAAUUUUAAAAAUCCUGUAUAAAACUGUACAAUAUAUACAAAUAACAUAAAGCUAAAAUCGGAAUUGCACUCAAAAAAGUAGAAUGGAUAGAACACCUCUCAUAAUGAGUUCCUUGUGUGCACUGGAUCCAAAUCUGUAGUAGUGUGGAAGGACUUGCCAUCAGCCCGGGUUACCACUGCACAAACUUUUUAUUUCAAAAUUCAAUUAAAAACAACUUGAAGUAAAGGCAUUCACGGCUCCCUCAAGCGAAUACACAGUCUCUGCUCGUUCUGACAUUCCUCCAAAUUUGUCUGUCAACCGCCUUAUCCAAUGAGUUCAUGCUCUUGGGUACUCCCUUAGCAUAUGAUGCAGACGUGUUUCGCCUCUCCUCUCAAGGCUUCUUCAAGUGCAUGUGAAGUCCUUCCUUACACUGCACCAUUUAUAUACCAGCUCCUAAACUAUCACCAAUCAUGCUUCAAGUUAUAACAAAACCAUUAUCUUCUUUCAAUGUCCACAUAUUUUUAUAUAUAUAUAUAUAUAUAUAUAUAUAUAUAUAUAACAAGGAUUCAGUAAGGUAUUUUGUAUAUAACAUCAUUAAGAGGAAUUAAUAUCAAAGUAAGAUAUAUGUAUUAAAAUAAACUAAGAUUGUUGCAUGUACAAUACAUUUUGCAACAAAAGGCUGUGCCAAAAUUUUCCUAUGCUUGUGGGAGCUUCCAGCCUGCCCGUGGUAAUUCCUUUGGUAUAUGAACCACGUUACAAUCUGCCCUUUAAACUCCAGUUUCUACAUGGGUAAUUUUUUGUUUGUUUAUAUUAGACAAGUGGUUUAAUGUGUAUUGUGCAGGCACAGUAUUUACAGUUGUUUAUUUUAACUGUCACAAAUGCAUUAUAUCUUGUGUGUAUAUUUCGGCAUUGACCAUAUAAUACCAGUAUUUUGCCUUCGUAGAAUUCCACAUCAAUACUGAAACAUCAUUCACUUUGGUUGUUUAUUAAAACCAUUCUUAAGCUUCAUGAGAAAUAAAUUGCCAUUUUUUUCCCUUCUCCCCCCAGGGUUAUCUUGUUUGAGAUUCUCAUGUUUCACACAUUUUCCCUAAGCCUCGUUAGUAGAAAUUAUCUGUGCAGAUGGGAUUGUUCUUUGUAAAAAAAAAAAAAUCUUUACGAAGGUAGUGACAGGAUGAAAAGUCUCUCGAUAUGCUUUUGUCGACAUGUAGUUGGUCAAUGAUAUUGUGAAGUGUCCUUCAACCUGCUACACUUUCUAGUAUCCUAGUUAUCUCACUUUGUUUUAUCUCCGCUAAUUUAUAUAACUGCUGUGUAUAAAUGAAUCUUUUUAGUCAAACUAUGGUAACACAUAGGAAGCUUGAAAGGUUGGUGUUGACCAGUUAAGUGGGGUGAAUUGCUGAAUGUGUCCUGCUACAUGUGUGACCUCUUGACUAAAGUGACUACUUCAAGAGAGUACGAGUGUUACAAAAGCCUCUUGUGUUCAUGAUACAUUAUAGAAACAAUCUAUUUAUUUUUUGUUUUUUAAGGACCACCUAAGUCACCAAGGCCACUUCAUCUCAAUGGCUUCAUCUCAGUGUUUAUCUUGAAGGCUUAAACACACCUCCAGUGGGUGUCAUACUAACAGCUACUGGAGGCGCUUCCGUUGCAACAACCGAGUAAACUCGAACGCGUGACGCUGAGCAUUGAUUCAAGGUUUUCGUGAGGGGAAUCUUGGAUGCCUGCUCUGUAUUUGCCGUGCAUGCCCAUAAAGCCUCCAAUGCUCGACGAGGAGAAGCAUUACAUUGGACCAUCGCUGGAGGAGCCAUACAUCCUCUGUGAUGUUGCGAGAGGAGGAGAGGUAAGCAACACCGAGGGAGCUUUGGCGCUGGAAAAAGGUGAGUAAAACCCUUUAUUUUAUUAUUUUUAUGUCAUUAAUGGAGAGGAACAACUAUAACCAAGCAGGGACACUAAAGAGUUAGGAACACCGGUUUGUAUUCCUAACGCUUUAGUGUUUCUUUACAUUAUUUAGUUAAUAUAUACCAAGCAGUGUCCAACUUUGAUAUUAUUUAUAACAUUAACACUGGCCUACUCAACCCCUGGCUAACCCUGGACUUAAGUAACCAUAACAACUUUUUAGGAGACUGGUUGAAUGAUCAAAGUGAGAGCCAAUCACAGCGAUCUUCUUGCUUUAAGUGACAGCCAAGGCAAGUGACUAUUCUGAUUGGCUUCCCGAGUGACAAGACAGCCUGAUAGUCAAACAAUUACUUUUGCUGGACUGCCUCCCUAGUGGCCCAUUGACAGCUGAUUCUGGCAUGUACUUCUGCAGCCAGGCAUCAACUGUCAAUUACGGCAUAGGACUACUGUGAUUGGCUUUGGCAGCGGUCCUACAGAGUGUAGGAGCCAUUUCGGGCUAUUACUAAGGACUGUUAGCCACUUGAUCACUUACCAUGGAGGACCUUCAUAUGGCUAUUUUGUGAUGUCUCUCUAGUUAUCAAGAAUUAGGCUGAUCUUCCCAAUACCAGCAUUCUGAGUGCAUCUGUUGCGGUGGAGUUAAUUGUCCGCUUUCUUAUGUAAAAAGUGACAUCAUUUGCAGCAGUAUUUGUGGAGCAAAAAUGGAUUACAGUGGGUUGUGAGGGAGGAAGAGAAAAAAAAAAAUCAAACUAAAGAUUCUCUAGCAUAACUUUCUGUAACCUAACCUACAUUUAUACAAUUAUCUCGAAUAUUUUUUGCAUUUGUAUUAGUUUACUGUAAACAUCAGUUGAAUUGUUUAAUGGUUUGAUCAAUAGGUUUUUUGAGGAAAGUAGUCAGAAUUUCAUGUUACAGGACCCUGGCCCAUAAGAAGUCCUGCAAGUAUUUAACAGUAUACCCUUUGACCUCUUUAACCCAACUCUUGCCAAUUACUCUGGAUAUGGCAGAUAUGACUAACCUGUUUAGUUAACGCAAGGCAUAUUAUUUUUAUGGCCUUCUUGCGUCUGUAACAGAGCCUCCUGAGGGGUAAUUAGUAUUGUCGGUUGGCUGCUGUGUUGUGUAUGUGCAAGUCGCAAACAGGACCUAUACUAUAUGAAACAUAACAAUGGUGUAAAUCAUAGUGAGCAGUUCAAGUUGGGGCCCCUCAACUCUCGUGUCUUCUGGAGAUAAAGGGCGCUGUUCUCUCUGGUUCCCAUGCAUGGGAAGCAGGAGUCACGGGUGUCUGCGCUCUUGCAGGGAUCCCAGGGGCUUGCAGGAAAGUGUUGGAUUCCGAUAUUGUGGAUAUUCUUCUCGUGGUGUCGUCCUUGGUUACCAUCAGGGUUCUCGGAAAUGUCCAUCUGUAUAAAAUGCCAGCGGCACGCAGUUGGCUGGUGACUGGUGCCAUUGAUCAACGCCAUAGCAGUGUGUUACGAGUUAGAUCCUGGAAGAAGCUGUUUUGAAAGGAUUCAAAGGUGAGCAGAGUUUUUCCACAGACUGCAACCAUGAUGCGAUUUUUGUCAGUGAGGGAGUGACAUCUUAUUAUGACAUCUUGGGAGGAAAUAGGUGGUGCUUGCCUUGGUUUUUGGAUUUAAAAAAAUCAGUUGAAUGUAAGCUUCUUUGCGUGGGUAGGCGGUAUAAGGGAUGCAGUGAGGCACCUGAGGUAGUGGGGUAGUUCCGUGGUGUUUAUGUAGUCUGGAAUGCCCAAAUCUUUAUGUUUGUGCGUCUGUGAUGGUCCUCUGCCUGAUCAACCCUGGCUGUUAGGGUAUCGUAGGAGCACUGCAUCAGGUUAAUAGAUUUCUUUAGGCCCUGUACCUGCUGCCUCAGAUGCAGGGUGUUAUCCUCUGAGGCCUGUGUGCACGCAGUAACUGCGCUAAUUGCAGUUUUGAGCAGUUUCAGGUAGCUGUCCCAUAUCUUAUAAUAAAUCCUAAAUGUCUUGCUUGGUAGCUGGUAUCUGGUUAUUUUGCCAUACCUUCGCUGUCUGUGCAGGUCGAGUUGGGGAGGGCUCCCUCAUUUCCUCCAAAGGCAGUUCAGAGCAGUCCGAGCUCUCAUUGCGGUCAGACGAGGUCACCAUCUUUGUGGUAGUGGAGCGCUGUAACAUGGCGCUGAUAUCCAGGGUGUCCUUACUCACACCUGGUUGUGAUUUUUGGGAUCUCCUGCCCAUUUUGUCCAUGUCUCGAGAGGGUGGUGUGGCCCGAGGUUGAGGUAAGUAAUGCGUUGCCUCCGUCAGUUCUCGGACUCCCGGUGCGACCCGUGCGGUGCAGUACUCCAGAUAGGCCCUAGAUCGCCGUCUGGUUUUCCUGCUCAAUUGCGGGAACAAAAAAGGCAUCUACUCGCAGCCUACACCGGGAUAGGUGAGUCCACACUCGGGUGAUACAGUGGGGCUGCAAAUUAGCUUUGUUUAGUCACUCGGUAUCCGGAGCUUAAAGAGGUUGUGGCCAUCCACUUUGUCUUUUUGUGUUUGCAACAUUUGUAUUUUACAGGAAUCAUGAAAUUUUACUGUUAAGAUUCCUCUAAAAUGUUUUACAGCUCUAUCAAAUGUUAUCCUUUAUGUAGAUAAACACAAAAAGAAUUCAGCGCUAGUAAUCACAAAAUUAGUCAAGGUCGGCAGCAACCCAAAUGAAGGAAAACCCCUCGGGUCCUUCGGUGGAUAGAUACAAAAAGAUAUGGAAGGGCUGCGCCAUAUAAGGGUAGAUAGUCCAGUAAAGUAUUUCUAGGGUGCCAAUAGAUGGUCUAGGAUACUUGAUAGAGUUCCUCUGUGGAUGCGUCUAGUGUAGACCGUUCCGUAUAUGUAAAUACAAGAGAGGUAGAGGCGACUAAUGGUAUAGUAUGAAAGUUCAGGGUGUGAUAGGUAACAAAAAGUAAAGAACUCACAUUCAAGAGAGCUAUGGCCAGGUCUGGUGUGGAUUGCGUACAGCGGUAUAAUCUGUCUUUCUUUUCCGAGUUCUGGACUACCAGACGGUGUUGACGGAGACCCCCUCCCUACAUAUCCCAUAAGAUGGGAUUAUACCGCUGUACGCAAUCCACACCAGAGCUGGCCAUAGCUCUCUUGAAUGUGAGUUCUUUACUUUUUGUUACCUAUCACACCCUGAACUUUCAUACUAUACCAUUAGUCGCCUCUACCUCUCUUGUAUUUACAUAUACGGAACGGUCUACACUAGACGCAUCCACAGAGGAACUCUAUCAAGUAUCCUAGACCAUCUAUUGGCACCUUAGCAACACUUUACUGGACUAUCUACCCUUAUUUGGCGCAGCCCUUCCAUAUCUUUUUGUAGUUAUCCUUUAUGUGCUUAUUCCCGCGAUUUGUUAUCUUUAAGAUUCUUGUAAACUCCCAAUAAUGCUCAUUAGUAGUAACAAUAAUUUUAUAAAUAUAGGCUCAGCACAUCUCUGGAGCCAUGAACAGGCCAUCAAUGCCACGUCAUGGCUGUGGGUAUCUCUGUGUUACCCACAGCAGUAGAAUUGACCAACCCUGCAGGCACUGUGUGAACUUGUUACCACUAAGUAACUGUGGUCUCCAGUGGAAUUCUGAUGGUAGAAUUUUUGGUAACUGCUGUAUUAUCGGCAACAAGUAACUGAACGUGUCGAUGAUUGUUAAAUGAGCUGCUCGCAUGGUGUUUGACACUCACAGUAUGCGAUUCUUUUUAACACCUUCUCCUCCAAGAUUCAAACUGAGAAUUCUGCAAUGAUGCUCUUUUGGUCUCAUUUGUGAUUUACGUCAUCCACACUUCCUUGCGUCUCAAAUAUUAGAUUGUAAUCUCUCUGGGCAUGGAUCCAUUGUGCAAUGAAAUAUAAACUUUAUAGACUACAAAACGGGGCUGCAGGCAGCUGGACAGACGGUAAUAUGAAAAGCACUGAUGCCUGCCUGAAUUACACUGAACCUGCAGAAGUCAAAUAAAAAUAGAAAAUAUCAAUAGUGCUUUCUUCUUUAGGAAUUUUUCAAAACAGUGAAACAAGGCAACUUUGUAUUAUACAGUUAGCUAAAAGUAUAUUUUGGAGACAAAUGCCAUUUUGACAUCUACAUUUUAAGAACAAUGUCCAUACUUUUCACAAAGUGGGAUAUUACUCUUGGCGUAGAAUUAUUUAUUCAGCGUGAGAUGGAAGCGCUUUAAUUCUGUGUUCUUCGGUUACUUUGUCUGGACACUGCACAGUUUGUUAGUGCUUCGGCAUAGCGGCACAACUCUACCAGAGUACGGAAUUGUUUGCAAUGAUCCAAAAUACCCACAGAGCCAUGCUUCUGUAAAAACAUUUUUGCUCUGUUGGGUAGGUUAAUGAGACAUUCACCAGUUCUGAAAAUCUACAUGUACGUGUGCGAGUGGAUCUUGGAAGAAUGCACAGAAAAGGAUAGAAAAACUGUACUUUUUAUUUUUUUUUAAAUCAAACAAUAUGCACAGAAUUGAUAUUAUGUUGUCUGAACUCUUUUUCCGGCAUUAAAGGGUUAAACACACAGUGUUACAUAGUAAAAUGCUGCACAUGCAGUCUCAAAGCACUAUAACCACUUCAAAUCACUGACAUAGUUCCUGGAGCAGCCCUUUAACAAUACAAUGCCAAUGAAGAUAUUGAUGUAUUGAUCGGCAAUCUAGAUGAAGGUUUCUCUCUCUGAAAACCUUGUGUUUAAAGAUAUCUCUGAUCGGAAGUAUUUAGCCAAUAGAAUAGCUUAGACAAAUACUUUAAAAUUCAUUAUCUCUGCUUAGCUUUUCUUUUUUUUUUCUUUUUUUUUGCGAUGGCUAUAAUAAGUGUAUCACAUUGCUGGCUGUAAUAUAACAUAAUGCAAUGAAUAAUUCCUAUGCUAUUUUGGUGGAGCUGCUAUGUUUGUGUGUGUUUGAUUCACAGUUAAGAAUAAGGCAUUUAAGGCAACAUCACCUGUUAAACAGGAAGUGGCAGUUCAUUCGACCUAAAAAUAGAAUGAUUAUCUCUAAAAUAAUUUUAUAAUUAUAGGCUACAAUGAAGUUUCAAGCCAUGACAAAUUUUCUUUUAAACAAGUGUGUAGUAUACUCAGUAUAUAGAGAUAGUUUUGUAUCUUCAUAUCUUCAUUAUAUAUGUGUCUCUGUGAACAGCUGUGUUGAGUGAUGAGCCCCAGCAAUUCUAAGCUCAAAAUGUAUAUUUAAUGCUAAUAUUGAGUACGCUAGGUUCCAGAUUUAAUAAAAGGGACACUCCUUGCCCUAAAGUUCUUGGAUGGUAGACAACAGAGCUGGGAUAAGUCCAUGUACCAGAGAGAGAAACUCCUGUCUGUUUUGUUUUCUCACUGUCUGCUUACAGGGUUUUAGCAGAAGAACCAUAACUAUGAAGACAUAUUUUUUAUUUUCCAUUUUAUCAAUGAAUUAAAACGGGCCACUUCCAACCUCUAGGCACUCUCUAAGUUAAAUUAAAAUCAAUUGUAUUAUACUAGUACUAUGUUUUUGCUCUAAUAUUUUAUUAUUUUCUAAACAAAAUAAUAUUCCUAUUUUAGCCUCAAAUAACUCAAUCCACUUAAAUGCAAAAUUACUAUAGUGAAUCCAAUAGAAGAUAUUGCUUUCCUAGCUUAACUAGAAUGUUGGUCCUGGUCUAUAACGAUCUGUGUUGGUUUUUUUCCCCGAAGAUACCUUGUUUUUCCCAGCGCAUUGUUCAACAGCAGUAAGUUAGAUUUGGAAAUUCCAAAAUAAGAUGAUAAGCAGAGGUCUGUGCCAAAUUGUAGCACUCUGGUUAGUUAAAAGUUUGUAUCCAGAGAGAAUUUAUGCUUUUAUUCCCUUCUCUGGGACUUGUAGAGAAUUGUCAAGGGAAUGGCAAAAUUUAGUAUAAAAAGGCAAUUUGGGACAAAAAAAAAUCUGAAACUGCAAAUUUUUUCAUUCAUGACAUUUGGCCUAAUUUUUGCAGUUCCUUUUUGAUUCCUCUAAAGUCUUCUACUUAGGUAAUAACACCGUUAGAAAAAUAAAAUAAAAUCUGCUCAUAUAGAAAUAACUUUAGCAGUCAUUAUUAAAAAAAAAAAAAAUAUAUUCAGAAUAUUUCGAGGUAAGAAGUUGCUCCGUAAAACGAUUUGUAUUACUCUUGGAACCAAAAAUUUUAGAAUACUGCCGUUUUUCCAGCUGGAAAAGAUGUUUUCAACUUCAUGCAAAACUCUACAUAUGUAUUUAUUCAGAGGAACAUUUAUACAAAGGGAACCUUGUUUUUAGAUCGGUACAUUAAGUCGACUGGAAAUGGACAUAAGUUUCAUUUCUGAAAUGUAGCCCUUUGGUAAGGUGUAAAGAAAAAUCACUUGACCUCUGUCCUGUUACAUCACGCAACAGAAAAAAGAAGGAAACAUAAAAAGUCAACAAAAAUAUUGAAAUAGUUUGAUGAUGAAUUUACAUAACUAUUUUAUUUAUUGUAGGCCAUAUUUUCAUGUUUAUAUUAGCGAUUAUUAGGGAAGUGCAGUGUAAGAUUUGAAUGUACCCUGGAGUAUAUAUUCUGUCUUUGAACAGAAUUGAUAUUGCCAAUGGGGAAUUAGGAACUUCUGCUCAAGAGAUGUCGGUGAAGAGGGACCAGACUGUGGGCACAAACCAAUCAAAAAAGGGUUUGACACUUUAACAGUGCGAUAUUGACGUGUGACGCCUAGAACAACCACUCUACAGCAUGAUACAGUGGUUAUGGUGCUUAGAGUGCCCAUGUUAAUAUUUGGGUUAUUGGUGAUUGGAAAAUUAUUAAUUUUCUGCCAGAAAAACUGGGGUAAACAAAUUUGAAACUGCAGUUUCGCUGUACAGUAAUUGUGACCUGAGACGUCUUUCCAUUUCGUAAUUUAGUGUAAACACUAACCAACUGUUAACUUUUUAAGUGCACUAAUUUGAUGUCCUCACUAUUUGUGUUGAGAUAUUAACACAUUUAUAGUUUUUGCCUCAUUUUCACGAUACUUGGAAAUGUACUUAUUCCACCUAUGUAUAGAGAGACCUGUCCCCACACUCUAAAUACCAGGCAUUGAUCUGAACCCAGCAGCGAAAAAUUUUUUAUUUUACCGUCCUUUCUGUUUCAAAACCUGCAAAGUCUUGGUUUAAAGAAAGUAUGUCCUUCCAACCCAGGAAUCAGACUUUACAGACUUUGCUAGUCGGAGUGUGAUAGAAACACGCCCACUCCAAACGUCUAGGCUGUGGAACAAGAAGAAAAAAAAAAAAAAAAACUUGCUUAUCUUUCUUUUCCGCAAACAGCAUGAGGGAGUUCUCCUUUUUACUAGUAAUUGCACUGCUUACAAAGUCAAAACAAAACAGAAAGCUGGUCUUUGUAUAUCACUGUCUAUAGCCAACUCAUGUGACAUCAGAAGGUUGCUCUAUGGGAUUCACAGGACUUCAGGUUUAAGAUACCUCAGCAAAUACACAGUGCUGGACCUCAUUGUUAUUUAUAAAGUGCCAACAAAGUCUGUAGCGCUGUACAAUAGGUGUACUAACAGACAUGCAUUUGCAACAAGAUGAGUUGGACGCACAGGAACAGAGGGUGUUUAGCGCCCUGCUCAUUCUCUCAUGAAGAGAGGAUUGUGCCUACAGAAAGUUUUUGAGCCCAUUAUAGAUCAGGGGAGACCCAAAGGUAGAUCCUCAAAUUUUUGUACAUCUCCCAUAAUGCUUUGCUUGCUGGGUCCUUGCAGGGCUGUAUAUGUGUGCAAUGUAUAUGUGUUUGAAUGAAGGCUUUUUAAAAAUUAUUGUUAGCAUUUAUAUAGUGGGAACACAUACAACAGCGUUUUAUAGUUAUACAAAGGGGAUAUAAAGAGGACCCUGCGCAAACAAGCUUAUAAUAUAAUAUAUGAAACGAAUGUGGUUUCUUGGUUGUAAGGCAGUGAUAACAUUGAUCCAACACUCCAUUUUUAUAUGGCUUAUGUAUGCAAAUGCAGUGUUUGGUGUUUGAAUGCAGGGGUAUAUUUACAAAACCACAUACUCAGAAAUACAAAUAGACACACAGCCUGGCACGCAUGAAUGCACACACAUUGACACACACAGAUGCCGUUAACAGACUGUGACACUCGUUUGGGCCCCCAAUCUGGUGGCUCUUAGUUUGAAGGCCAACCAAAGUGCCCCCCACUGAGCCCUGGAGUGUGUGCACCCUUACUAGUUCCUCUGUUACAUGUGCAUAAACAGAAGGCUUUAAUCUUCAUAAAAUGCUCCAGGGUGGUUCUAUCUAUGUGUCUUCAAUAGCUACAGUUGUAAAACAGAUCCAAUAUAUGUUCAAUAAACUGAGAAUUGACCAAGGAAUUUUACUUUUUUUUUUUUUUGAGCUGGUGACAUUUCUUAAUUCAACCAUUUUGGUUUAAAAAUUCUUGGUUUAUUAAAUAACCCAUCCUGUACAGCAAUGAAAUCCGACUCAAGUUGUUGAAGGAACAGUCCAAUGUUAGAAAUCAAUACAUUUAUUUAAAAUGUUGGAAUGUUCUGGUUUCCAUUUAAUACCCUCUGAAUAUAUUACACCUGUCAAAAAUUACCUACUAAGCCCUCAGCGAAUACUUUUCUAACAACUUACUUUGUACCCCUACUUUUACCCUUUGUCUCACUAUACCCCACUACCUCUAGAAUGUAAGCUCAUUGAGUAGGACCCUCCACCCCUCUGUUCCUGUACGUCGAGUUGUCUGGUUACAAUUAAAUGUCUGUUAGUCCACCCUUUGUACAGCUCUACGAAAUCUGAUGGCGCUAUAUAAAUAAUAAAAUAAUAAUAGUGAAAAGCCCCCAGGAGAUCAUCACCAGUCUCAUACUUCUCAUAAAGAAGAAUUGGGAUACAGGGUUCGUGCGGCAAUCACUGUGAUCUCACAGAGAAGCAUUUAGAUGAGUGCUUCUUUAUAAACUCACAAGGCUGAACUUGAUGGACGCAAGUCUCUUUUCAGCUAUGUAACUAUGUAACAAGACCUUGGCUGUCCCCUAGAUGGUCGAGAGGCAUUACCAAUGGAGUUUAUAAGAGAAAAUGGCAUUUUUUAAAAAAAAUAAGACAAAUGCUAACAUUCCUAAAACACUUUUUACAAGCCGAAGUGGCAUAAUGUACACGUUUUGUUAUCUGGCUUUGUAUAUUUUGUAUUUGUUACAAUAUUAAGAGGUGUGUAGUGUAGUGCAUUUCUGUAUUUAAAUCUACUAUAUUUGGUGUGUUUUGAUGAAUACUAUUGAAAUGAAAACUUUAUCUUGUACCCCUUUAACUCUUUCACAAUUAACAUCCCAAACUUGUCCUUCUCAUAGAAAAGGAUAACAAACUUCCACUUUUACUCUUGUGGGAACAUUAGCAAUCUAUUGUUACUUAAAGCAACAUUUUCCUUGUCGUUUUUAAAACCAUGUUUAUUCAUUCAACUGCAGAUAAUUUGCCAUUUUAAUAUUGGCAAGUUCUGUGAUGACUAUGAUAUGUCUUGUGUGUAUGUAUAGGAAAUCAAUGACUCACUGCUCCAGGAUGUUAAAAUCUGUUUUACAACUGUAGAUAUUACAGAGACAUUAUAGAUAUUGUACAUUGUAUUAAGAUGAAUGUAGACAGAGGUGAUCCAAGGCUUCCUGACACACAUUUGCACAAUUCUUAUUUUUUUUUUUUUUUACUUUAUAAAAGUGCUGUUUUCAAGAGAAUUCUGCAUUUUUAUAACACUCCUAAAUUUCACCCUCCCAGCUGUCAAUCAGAUAUCACAAAUCGAAAGGCAAUGCUUGGGAUUUCUGUGCAUGCACCCUGCCUGGCGAUACUUCUCUGUGAGAAGCAUCACUAAUUAUGACCUAGACAGAUCAAAGCUUUAUGGGAUAGGGCAGACACUCAACAACAUUUCAGCAUUAUAAGUAAAUAUAUUUAUUUAUAACAACGCGGUGUUCCUUGAAUGCGUCAGUAGGGCAAAGGGCAAAUACAUACAUUCACUGCGGAGGCCAAAUGGGUGACUGUAGAAACAUUCUUCACAUACGUACACCUUUUAAUCUACACAUUUUCUUUUGAUUUUACCAUCACUAUAUAUAGAUUACAUGUGUGUACCCACCUGAAACUGACCUAGUCACCCACAAUUUUUUAGUCGAUGACAAUUUUAAUUUACAGUGUACUUAAAAUGUAUUUGGGGAAAUGUCAACGUGUUAACUGGGGAACCAAAAUUUACAUCAUGCAGUCAUCCGAAUUGUUCCUGCUUUUCUAGUGCCGUUGUCUGGAUUAGAAAAGGGAUUUUUUUAUUCUGUGCCAAACCCUCCCUUUUCUUGUAUCCAACAACUUCUAAAUUGACUGACAUCUUGCAGUUCGUUCAAAAGACACCAAUUUCUUUUUUUAUAAAGUGUCGCUCCUUUAUCCAGUAACAAUACUGCUAUAGACAGUGUUUUGCGGUUCGUCACAUCAAUGGCCUGCAGCAGAUUUAUCAAGUGAAAUUCGUUAUUGCUGAUAAUGUGUUAAUUAAAGGGUUAAGGGCAUAUCAUAAUAAGUUUAGUUUUUGCUGGACAGUAUUAAACAUAGUGAGCAGACUUUCACCCCAAUCCUUGCAAAAUCGGACUGUCUAACUAGGCCUGAGAGUGGUGGGAGCCUGCACAAAUAGACUGAUGUUGGUGGGUGUGUAUAGUGUGCAUCGCAGUCAAAACCCUGUGUCUGAACAUUAAUAAACAGCAAGGGCUGCUAUGCCCUCUGGGCUCGAAAUAGCACAGCAUGCAACAAGGGAGAGGAGAGCCCGGCACAAGGAUGGAAACAGUAGUAUCGGAUUACAGUUUCAAAAUAUCGCUGGAGCACAUUAGCCGGCACUACGCUAUUAACUCGCUUUUAUAAUUACAUUGCUUAUAUGUUAAAGAAGGUUUUGUCUUACUUUCCAAUUAACAUGAUGGCACUUUUGGGACCACGUUAAAAACAUGUGGCACUGGGUUAAACUCUGAUAAUUAUACUAAGAUGCUUUUUCAAAAAAAAAAAAAAAGUUGUUUUAUAGACUUUUAAAAACAUUAUUAUUAAGACUAUGCACUUGUACUUCAUUACUUUGUUAUACGUAUUAAUGUGUCUUCUAAUUUUGGCUUUUAAUCAACUGCUUAUGGGUUUCUUUAGAGAAACUUUGUGUUGUUUUUAUCAGUAGUGAUAUUAAAUAGGUAUAAAUACUAUGUGUUGUAAUAAAUAACAUAUCACAGUGGAAGGCCUGUUCGGGUAGUUUAGUGUCAGACUGUUCUAAGAAGGGCCUUAUGCAGAGCCUGUCUUGUUUUAUAGCACCUGUCAUAGAUUUAUGUUUAUAGGAAAUGCUGUGAUCAGCAUUGCUGAAGAUUCUAUUAAAAUAUGGAGCAGGAGGAAGUCUGUGCUAUCCUUGACACUGCAGUUGUUGAUAAACUACAUUUCCCAUGAUGCUCGGCCAGGCUUUAGGCAGAGUGUGAUGGGAAAUGUAGUUUGCAUCUAUAGGCAGUGCCAAGCUUAGCCAUCACUAAUAACGGUUUCCACGUGUAUAUGUAUUGGGCUAAAAGUCUAAAGAAAACACUAAAUAGAUUGUUAGUUCUCUCGCUUUCUGCGUUGCGAAUACCCCGGCCUCUCUAACAGACUUCCAUUUCCUGAUCAAUGACUGCGUCCAUCAUGGCUUCAACCAUACACCCAGCUGUCACAGGGAUUGUAUAAGAUAUGCAUGCAUUUUCUCUCCCCUUGUCACUAGGUUGAGUCUCUAAACUAUUUCAGUGCAAGAAGUUCUGGAGCAGAAUUCUUUUUUUUAACUGUUCAUCAGUAGGCCAAGAUGUAGUUGUACUAAAUGACUUAAAUCCAAGAAAAAUUACUACAUCAUAAUGUUCACUAGAGGUUUCCAAAACAACUAUGCUCAAGGCCAGGACCCCCAGCAUAUAUCUGUGAAAUGUCCUGCAUUUUGCAGGGCAGUCCUGAUUUUGGAUUCCAGCCUUGUUUCCCUGUUUUGUUUUCUCUGGGGAUCCCAGAGAAAGUCCCAUAAUGCAUGGUGUAAACGCAGUGCCCGGCAUUUCUACUAGUGUGAAAAUAUUGGCUUUGGUUUUGUAGGUUGUUGGGGUUUUUUGUUUUUGUUUUUGUUUUUAUAGUAGCAUGACUUUGCUGACACCAGCAGAUGAAAAAAAAAAGUACCUGGCGUUUAUUAUCUUGAAUGUUUAUAAAAGUUACCACCAAUGUGAUUAAAACCAGCAUGGUAUAUACUCUGAUCAGCCACAACAUUAAAACCACUCACAGGUGAAGUAAAUAACAUUGAAUAUAUCGCUACAAUGCACCUGUCAAGGGGUGGGAUAUAUUAGGCAGCAAAUGAACAGUCAGUUCUUGAAUUUAAAAAAUAAUUUGUUGGAUGCUGGACUAAUGGGCAAGCUAAAAAGAUCUGAGUGACUUUGACCAGAGCCAAAUAGUGAUGGCUAGGCGAAUGGAUCAGAGCAUCUCCAAAACAACAAGUCUUGUAGGGUGUUCCCAGUAUGCUGUGGUUUGUACCUGCCAAAAGUGGUGCAAGAAAGUACAACCAGUGAACCAUUGUAAGGAUCAUGGGUGCCAAAGGCUCAUUGAUGUACGUGGGGACUAAAAACUAGCCUGUCUAGUCCGAUCCCACAGAAGAACUACUGUAGCUCAGUUUGAUGAAAACCUUAAUGCUGGCCCUGAUAGAAAGGUGUCAGAACAUACUGUACAUCACAGUUUGCUCUGUAUGAUAAUGUGAAGCAGCAGAAUGUUUAGAGUGCCCCCUGUCUACCUCUGAAAGCAUCUUCGUUGGGGGCUUGAACUGGACCAGGGAGUAAUGGAAGAUGGUUGCCUGGUCAUCUGUAUCACUUUUUCUUUUAGCUCAGCUGGAUGGCCGGGUGCAUGUGCAUCGCUUACAUGGGGAAGAGAUGAUAGCAGGAUGCACUAUGGGAAGAAGGCAGGCGAGCGGAGGUAGUUAUGUUCUGUGCAAUGUUCUGCUGGGAAACCUUGGGUCCUGGUAUUCAUGUGGAUGUUACUUUGACAUGUUCCACCUACCUGGAGAUUGUUGUAGACCACGUAAAACCGUUAAUGGCACUGGUGUUCCCUGAUGGCAGUGGCCUCUUUCAACAGAAUAAUGCACCCUGCCACACUGCAAAAAAUGUUCAGGAAUGAUUUGAGGAACAUGACAAAGAGUUCAAGGUGUUCCCUUGGCCUCCAAUUUCCCUAGAUCUCAAGCCGAUUAAGCAUCUGUGGGAUGUGCUGGAACAACAAAUCUGAUUCAUGGAAGCCCCACCUCGCAACAUACAAGACUUAAAUGAUCUGCUGCUAAUGUCUUGGUGCCAGAUACCAAUAGACACAUUCAGAGGUCUUGUGGAGUCAAUGUUGCGAUGCAUUAGAGCUGUUUUGGCUGCACUAGGGGGACCUACACGAUCUUAGGCAGGUGUUGUAGCUGAUCAGUGUAUAUGGCUGGGAUGCUAUAGGGAUGUGUUUUUCUUCUGUUUGUUGACUACAUUUCCCAAGUUUUUUUCCACAUAUAUAUGUAAAUAAAACUUUUGCCUGCCCCUCCCAGCGGACCCCCAGCAUCGAUGUAACCAUCGAGGGGUCUUUGAAAAUUCUGCAAAGUCCUAGACAGUGACAGUGCCACUUUAAAGACAUAUCCUUAUGAAUAAUAUUGCUGUGGAGCUCUGUUUUACACUCAGACAAUAUGGAGAUCCUAGAAAACAGGGACAUUAGAUUAAAAAGCGGAACAGAGGGAUUUGGACCCGAAAUAUGGAAUGACCCUACUAAAUAGGGACACUUGGCAGGUAUGCAUGCAUUGUGUGAUGUGUUUGGGUUAUUUGGUGGGUGGGCAGUCCCAAGCAAGGCCACUAGCAUUCAUUUCUGGCAGCUAUCUGCAAAUAAACAUAAGCAAUCUUCAUAUAAUCUAUAUAUUUGUUGGCACUUGCACCAGCAUAAUGUAUAUAGAUUAAUAGGUUGAUUUACUAGACGGCGUAAAUUGCCGCGCUGCUCCUAAAUUCAGUUAUGCUUGGAAGUCAGUUUAAAGAUCCAUGAUAUUUACUAUCACGGCUCCCAGGCUGGCUUCCGAGCGUAACUGAGCUCAGCCAGUGGAUAUAUUUCCCAAAUGUAAGUACUAAGAAAGCACAUGGAAAUAGCAGGUGUGAGUUUAUCAAUUAUAACUGCAGACAGUGACCCUUUAGAAUUAGUGCAAAUUGUAAAGCAAAUAAAAAAAGGUGAGUCAUUAGCAUAUCCUAAGAGAGAACCCUUAAGAUGUUUAUCUUAUCAGGGAUUAAUGAAUGUUCAGAAUUAAAGUAACACUCCAAGCACCAUAACCACUACAGUAUGCCCUCGUGCACUCCCAUUGCUAGUAGUAGUUUGACUUUUAACCUGUGGUCCACUGGAAGCCACUUCUUGCCUUCACCGCAAAUGAGACCUCUCAGCUCUAAGCUAAGUCUGGUGAUUCAAGGCUUAGCCUAUUGAUCAACUGACCUGCACUGAAGGACUUAGCUAGGUAUAGCUAGCAGAAGCUCACUGCGUGGAGCUUUCAUGGGGUCUGCCGAGAGGAGAGCAGUGGCUGGGACCCCAAGGUAAAAUGUCAUACCAAAGCCGACGUUCCUACAUACCCUCUUCACAUUAAUAAUAAUAAGGUGGGCCAAGAAAUCUCAAAUAAAAAAAAUGUAAACAAAAAAAAAAGCAAAAAACUAUUUUAUAUUUAACAUUUUAAGUCUUGUUUUUGUCAAACUUGGUUCUUUGGCCCCUAAAAAGACUAAAUAAAAGACCAUCAGAAUGUAUAAAAACUGUUUGAAAUUAAAGAACACUUGAAUAGCAAAACAAACAAACAAAAAAAACAAACAGAAAAGGCUGUAAUAAAAAUCUUAAUUGCAAUUCAAAAAAGGUGGAUGUGUAUGUGAGGCCAUAUGGGCUCCUGGCAGACUGAGUAUUCAAGGCAGGAAAGCCUUUAUAAAGUGUUGUUUUGUGUUUGUACAGCACGACAUUUGCAAUACUUUCUCAAGAAAGGCUAAUGUCUUGUUUCUUUUCACAUAUACACAAUUAAUUUAAUUAAAAAUGAAGGCGGGAAAGAGAGUACAUAUGUUUUCAAAGUAUCAAUGCUAAGCCAGUUUGACAAGCGAUUAUGAUAUACUCAGUUUAUAUUGGUCUCUAUUGUAAUGGUGUGGCGGGCCCUUUAAUUAUUUACACUUUGAGUAUUUAAGUUAUGCAACAAAUAUUCAGCGGAGAUUGUAUCACAAAGUUAACAUUUCACUUUUUUUUAUUUUUAUUAAAAAUAAAAUAAAAACAUGCAUGCAUAACAGAGAGUUCUUGGAAAAUGAUGGCAAUUUAAUGAAAGUUUUUCGCAGAGGAAAAAAAUUGACCUUUUGCCCAUAUGUAGUUAUGAAUAGGCUCUUGUGCUCCCUUUUAAAGAAAUGGCUCUGCUUAUUAAACAACAGUCCUGGAACACUUCACAUAGAAACACAGUGUACUCAUUCACAUGCAAAAGAGAAAGGCUUGUGUUUUAAAAUAAUAUUACCAAACGUCAAAUACAUUUUACUUAUUUUAAAGUUACUUUAUUUUUGUGUUUUUUUUUCUUCAUAUCUAUAUAUUUUUUUUAUAUAAAUACAAUGUGUAGGGUCAGCACCAAUUGCUAUAGAUGGCUCCCCACUAAGGGGUUCAUGAGAUCUUCCAUAGACUCCGGUAUUCUUGCACAUGUGAAAAUGUACGACGCCUUGUCUGCCAGGAAUUGAAGAAGAUGGAGGCACCAAGGAGAGAGAAGAGGAGGUGAGUUGUCCCAUUGUACAGCGCUACAGAAUCUGAUGGCUUAAAAUAAUAAUAAUAUAAUAAUAAUGUCCUUCAGAUAUAGUACCAUGUCUCAUGUGGGGUCUUUGCAGAAAUUCAACAUGCGACAUAUCUGCUGUAGAGAGUUACAGCAGUAUAGAAGUGACCCAUUAAGUUUCCCAAGAUAAUAUAUUAAAAUAUGUUGUUUAUAUACAUUUUUAUACAUUCCUUACCUAUGCCAAUUGCACAAGCAAGCUAAGGUAGCAGACAGCCCUUCUUCCCAGACCAGACAGAGAUUCAUCCAAAUAGGAGCCCCAUAGUCUGGUCUUUGGGGUCAGGUCCUCUGGGUGAAUCACAAGAAGUUUCUGAGAUAUGCAGUUCAGUCUCCUACCACAUUUUAAUUUGUUAGAUCAGAUAAGGGAAAGUGUCCACUGUACUGAGAGCAACUAUAGUUAUGUUUGUUUACUCAAUUUGUGCAGUGCCCAGUGUUCUCCUGAGACACAGGCAAACAGUCUCUGAGACAUGUGAGGGUAUUGAACAUGGUGUGCACAAGUCAUGCCAUUUUUGUGCAAAUGACUGUGGUUGUAAGACACUGUGUGCUGCAACAGAGUUAUUCAAAGCACCGUAACCUUUUCUAUAAGCAUAGACCCCAGAGUGGCACUUUUAAGAACCUGCAUUUUUGUUAAUGGAUCUGAGUAGUGAAACUAUAGAAGUAUGUGUCCUCAAAAAUUCUACUUGGAAUGCUUAGAAUAUCACUGUUUAGUAGAUAUGCCCCCAAUGAAAACAUGCAUGUAUUUAAUUAUGCAUAUUUUUAUUGGGGGUAUAUAUAAAAACAACUUGUCAAAGCUGCAGAUCUCUUGUCUGCAGCCUUUGCAAACUGUAGAAGGCACUUUCUGUGGCUGUCCAAUCAUAGACUUCUCAAUACAACUCAAUGAGAAUUGCUCUGGGUCAUUGCUGCCUCCUGAAUUUAGCUCCACUGUGUUAACCAAACCAGGAAGUACCAGGACCGGUUGUCUGAUUCAUAGUCAGGGGGUGUAACAGGGUUAAUUUUUUAAAAAGUGCCAAUUUCUAUUGAAAUCUGAACUUUUUGUACAAUUAAAAGAGGACAAACUAUUUGCAUAUAAAGCAUUCCAGCAAGCUAUGGCGCUUUAUUUGUGUCAAAAUCAAGAGCUUACCCCCAUUUAAUAUUUACAUUACAUUUAUGUUUCUCUACUCAUCGUCAUAAUUGUGCUGAAUAUUUUUCUCUGAUGCAACCUGUACCUUACCAGAAUGAACUAGCAUACUACUUCACUGGUUUCAGAUCUUUAAGUUACAGUUAAAAGUUGCUCCAAUGUUUAUUUGCAGUUUACAGAAUCCAUUUCCCGUACUUCAGUAUCGUUUCAGCUUCAUGAUCUUCUCCACAAAUCAUGACACUUUGACUGCCUUUCACAUUCCAUCAAAGCACGGCAGGUGAGACACAUGCCAUCUACCUGUCAGUGAAGAUGUAACAGCGUGAACAGGUUUACCUUAAUGCUCCUCUGUGUAGUGUAAUCUGAUGCUGCUGGUUGUCAGCUCUUAGUUGUCAGAGGUUUUGUCCUCUUGCUGUGUGUCCAGUAAGUAUUCCUGUCUUGUCUCGGCAUGGGUCGAGGUGUGUCACUGCGGCUAACAUGAAACAAGCAAGCAGCAGGUUUAAUGUGCCUCUGUUUUCUGAUUAGAAAACAAAUCCGAUGCAGGUUCACAACAAUUUGUGUCAGAACCUGGUAUAAUGUGAAGAUGAUGUACAUUUUAAAUACUCUAAAAGCUUAGGGAAGAGAUUUCAUGGCAAAUGCAACCCACAAACAACAGUGUUGUGUUUAGCCAUUAAUGGCAUAGUGUGCCCCAGUCCCAUUCUCUUGCUAUAACCCUUUGUCAAGUGAAAAUUUACUUUUGGCAAGUAGAAAUUCACUCCUGGUAAGUGUGCCACUGACUCUCCAGGCUUGCAGUGGUAACGUUUAAAGCCUGCCUAGUAUUUUAGGACUUUAUAUUUUAAACUCUGAUCUAGUCUUUUCUGCAUUUAAGCAAUUGUUAACCUCAAUAGUGUUUUAUAUAUUGUGUUUAUUUUCGCAUAAGAGUUCUCACUGCGGAAUUUUGAUAAUUCAAAGUUAACUCCCAAAGUCCCGGGGUAAGCAACUGUGGCAAAACAUUGUAGUAUGGUUACAUUUCUAACGCACCCGGUUAGAUUAUCAGUAAACUAAGGAAUACAAUAUCUAUGUUCAUAUACAAUGUUAGCACAUUACAUUUCCAGGAUGUUUAAUUCAAAUCAUUUUACUUGAAGUCCUGUCCGUUUGACUUGCGUUUGAAUAAGCUACAUGCUUUCAUCUAUAAAAUGUGCUAGCCAUAAUGCUCACUAAUGUUUCAGUUAGUGAUUGGGACCCAAUAAUUGACCAGCAAGCUAUUCUGAAACAAGCACAUUGUACUUAUUAAAAUAUAUAUCUAGUUUAUUACACUGGUGGCACCAGUAUCUUGUUAAGGAGAUGGCUACAUGCUCUAUAAAAGCAAACUACAAUAAAAAAAAAUCUUGCUAGGAUGACACACGUCAUUUGUAGGCAGCUGCCUGUGUCAGAGAUUGACACACGUAGCACGGGAUGUGGACCAAUAUGUUCUCAAAUGAAUCUAACGUUUAUUGUUACAUUUUCCAUGUGUUGUAAGUGCUGGUGAAGGUGUAAGUUUCCAGCAUUACAGAGCAGGGGGGAUUUAACUGUUCAAGUCAGCAAAGAAUCUCACCAGAAAUAACCCCACCACCCCCAAAAGGGGGCAAUAAAUCUGGUGGUAGCUUGACGAUGAUACAGAAGUGAAAUUCUGAAUGAAUGGGCAAUAAGGUGAAAAAAUAAAUACAAUUCUGCGAACCAGCAAAUCUCCCAGCUGAACCAAGUUACAUCAUGGCUGUACUGAAAAUAUGCAUAUGUAGACAUGUUAAUGUUAACAUUGCUAUUAAAACAAGGCCAGCAAGUACUCUCUGCCAACAGAAUUUUUAAAAUGUUAAUUUUAGUGUAUAUUUGAUUAACUAUUUACUAAAAUUUCCAAGUUUGGACAGAAUCUACAUAAAAAGACUAAUAUUAAUUUAUUAAUAAAGCUAGGUCAAUAUAAGAUUUAUAAUGUUUGCCUAUCUUUUAUAUUCGAUGUGCCAUUUAUAUUGUCAAGUUAAAUGCUAAUGGGCUUGCUGUCGAGAUCCUACUAAAACAAUGAUGGAAUGGUAGGAAAAUGUUUAAUCUCACGAGUUGCUGGCUAAAGAAAUGAUGGACAGUUCAGCUCUUCAGGAUUUCAUAUGUGGAUACUAUUCUGUAUAGGAUUUAAAGGAUCACUAUAGGGUCAGGAACACAAACAUGUAUUCCUGAUCCUAUAGUGUUUAACCCACCAUAUAGGUGGCUUGCCCCCCUAUAAAAGUUUAAAAUUCACCUUAUUUCCAGCGCUGCGCAGGUCUGCCGGUGCUAGCUCCGCCCCUUUGUGACUUCAUCAAACAGCCAAUUUGUAGCCAAUCUAAUUGGCUUAAAUCGGCACAGGGGCGGGACCAAAUGCCGUUUUGGCCAAUCAAGACCUCCUUAUAGAGAUGCGUAGAAUCAAUGCAUCUCUAUGAGGAAAAUUCAGCGUCUCCAUGCAGAGCGUGGGGACGCUGAAUGUCAUGGCUGCUUUUUCGGCAGCACUGACCCAGGAAGCACCUCCAGUGGCCAUCUAAUGAGUGGCAAGUUGGAGGUGUCCCUAGAGGCAAUGUACCAUGCAGAGCGUGGGGACGCUGAAUGUCAUGGCUGCUUUUUCGGCAGCACUGACCCAGGAAGCACCUCCAGUGGCCAUCUAAUGAGUGGCAAGUUGGAGGUGUCCCUAGAGGCAAUGUAAACACUGCCUUUUCUCUGAAAAGGCAGUGUUUGCAUGAAAAAAGCCUUAAGGGAGCUAUUAUACUCACCAGAACAACUACAUUAAGCUGUAGUUGUUCUGGUGACAAUAGUGUCCCUUUAAUCGGUUCCUGUUUACUGGUGGUUGCCUUGACCAGAACUUAGUUUUGCAAAUAUCAGAUGCUCUUUCACAGUUGUAUGAAAAUACAGGAAACGCUGUGUGAAUUAUUAUUGUCAGUAGUGAAACAGAGACAAAAAGUGAUGGGGAGGGGGAGUAUUUGAUGUAAGACAAAAGAGGGGCUAUCUGGGUUUGGGGGUGAGCUUAGGUGUGAAAUAUGGAUGCAAUAGGAAUCAUGCGCAGCUUAAAUGCAAAAUAAUGGACAACAUUUUUUAUUGAUUUAUAUAUUUUGCAUUUAGCACUAGCAUUAAUUAAUUUAACAAUACAUUACAUUUUGUAACUUAAAACUAUUUUAGCAUGAUGGCUGACCACAAGUUUACACACGUGAUGAGAUGUUCACGUUGUUUUGUACAGAAUAUAUUUUUUGUAUUUAUUUGUAUUCACCACAUUUAUCACCGCUAUAUCUGCUGUCUUGGUGAGGAUAUUAGAUGAACACGUAUGGGAGUGAUUUAUCAUAGUGGUCUAAAGUACUAAAAGUGGGGCAGUCACCAUGGAAACCACAAGGCACGUUCCAUUGGUGACUCCUCCCCGUUUACAUUUUUGUAUUACAUUUUAGAACAGAGCACUUUGAUAAAUCUCCCCUAUAAAUGUUAUUUUUUUUUUAUUUUUUUUUUUUAUUUUAUUUAUUAUUUACAAUUUUUUUAACUGCAGCUGGAUAGUACGUGCCCACCACUCCUCUCCACCCCAUAAUGAAUGUGGUAUUAUGAGUAGUGUAAUGAUUUUGGAGAGGGCUGAAAGGGUUAACUGGAAAAUAAAGCUAUGUUGGUUGUUUAGAGAGGAACAAAUUUGGUGAAAAAGAUGGUUGUCGCCAUAACCGCGGCUAGGUUUGAGUAAUACAUACUCGGCACGCAUUGGUUUUGUUUUGUGGUAAACAUUUUAUAACACAAAAAGGAUUGUGUGCAUGUUUUGAUUUAUUUAUAUAUAUAUUUAACUGACUGUUGAUUUCCCAUAGGCAAACUGCUGUAUCUGGUCAUUUCCUGUAAGAGGCUGACAGGAAACAAACCAAAAAACUAUACUUCCCCUCCAGAUUAAUAGCCGUACUACUGUUUGCUCAUCAGCCUCAUAUGUACUACCAGAUAGAUGCCUGUGUAUUGGAAGGAACGUCCGCCUCUUUAACAUCUGUAGUGUCUUGUCAUGUCACAAAUAUGUGUUAUUCCAGGUUGUAUACAGUAAUUCUCAGCGGUGAUAGCCUUGGCAAUAAGUCUAAACACAGGACUCACACCACAAGAAAUGCUAAUAUAAAUAUAGUUUUAUUAUGAAUAGUAAGGGACGAUAACAAACGUAUAAAAAGGCAAACCGAAAGUGGUAAGGCUAGAAAAUAAACAUUUGCCAACACAGCUCACAUCAAUCGCUAACCAGACACAAUACUUGAGGAAGGCACCUGAGGGUGCCAAAACGUUGUGUGUUUUUUUUUGGUGUCUUGUGUUUUGUCUUUGAGCUGUGUUGCUGUCUGUUUUUUUCUAGCCUCAUCACUUUCUGUUUGUCCUUUUAUAUGUUUGUUAUUGUGACACUAUUUAUAAUAAAGCUAAGCUAUAUUUAUUUUAGCAUUGCUUAUGGUGUGCCUCAUGUGUUACUUAUUGCUUUUUUUGGGGGGGGGAACCCAGGGGUUUAUCUACUUAGGAGUGCACCUGUGCAUUUACGUUUUGGAUACUAUUUACUCUUCUAUGUGUGCUAAUUGUUAUUGGAUAACCUUGGCAACCCACUUGUUUGUGAACUACCUAUCCCAUAAUCCUAAGCCAGCCAAAGGGAGCUACCCAAGUCAAAAGACAGUGAUAAUUUGAUUAGACAAAGUACUUUAUUUUGCCAUUAUUAACCCUUUAAGGACACAUGACAUGUGUGAUCUGUCAUGAUUCCCUUUUAUUCCAGAAGUUUGGUCCUUAAAGGACCACUCUAGGCACCCAGACCACUUCAGCUUAAUGAAGUGGUCUGGGUGCCAGGUCCUUCUAGGGUUAACCCAUUUUUUUCUAAACAUAGCAGUUUCAGAGAAACUGCUAUGUUUAUGAAUGGGUUAAGCCUUCCCCCUAAUCCUCUAGUGGCUGUCUCAUUGACAGCCACUAGAGGCGCUUGCGUGCUUCUCACUGUGAUUUUCACAGUGAGAGCACGCAAGCGUCCAUAGGAAAGCAUUGUAAAUGCUUUCCUAUGCGACGGGCUGAAUGCGCGCGCAGCUCUUGCCGCGCGUGCGCAUUCAGCCCAGGAGGAGGAACGGAGGAGGAGAGAAGGAGGAGAGCUCUCCGCCCAGCGCUGGAAAAAGGUAAGUUUUAACCCCUUUCCCCCUUCCAGCGCCGGGCGGGAGGGGGACCCUGAGGGUGGGGGCACCCUCAGGGCACUAUAGUGCCAGGAAAACGAGUAUGUUUUCCUGGCACUAUAGUGGUCCUUUAAGGGGUUAAGUAAGUUUUAUUACAUCAUAAAACCUAGGGUCUUAUUGACUAAGUGUUCCCUAGUUGUGUAAAACAGCAAAUAUCAGGUGGAACCUGAAAUGACUAAUUAUCUCCACACACUUCCGAUUUAAUAUACGCAUUUGCAGUAUUUAGUCCACCUUUACUUCAAACCAUUUAAAUAUGUUAAAAGCAUAUCUGGCAAGUCUACUUUAAGCCCCACUGAUCCUUAUACUCCAGUCACCAGAAUAUUUUAUGCUCAGUACAUGGGUUAUGGUGUGGGGAUGUUCCCAGUCUCCCUCCACAGAUUUGCUUAUAACUGCAGCAAUUUACAGAUAUCACUGCAGAUAAAAGCUUGUGCCCUCCCGCCGGUAGGCGAUAUCACCAAGCCACAGAGGGGUAGGUGGAAUAUCAGUAAUUGUAAUUAUAGUAUGUAGCUGCUGAAACGUCCCAAAAAUAUCACCAAGCCAUACUUCCUACACUUCCCAUCCUAAUAUUGAUACAGUGUAUGCACUGUACAAGUCCCUACCCACCCAGACAGGCUCCUUCACAGGUUAGUGUAAAAGCGCGCAUGUUUGUUAAUCUAGUCACAUUUAAUCACCUUUUCUGAAAACUGUGAAAGGAGUUGUCAAACGUUCGCAUUAUAUUGCAAAUGCCGGCGGGCCGGGCUUUAGUGUUUCCAGGAGAAACCCCCGAUCUUUAUUUAACGACUCUUACAAUGUUACAAAAAAACUAUGUCAUAUGAAUGGCCGCUCUACAUUUUUAUGACUCUGCUGUUUUUAGGGGUAAAAUUCCAUUGGGCAGUUUUCAAUAUGUGGAGACUAGUUAAUCAAUGCAGCAGAUACAUAAUUAAAGUAUUAAACUGUUCUAGUGAACUUUUACAAAGCAUCUGACCUUUCCCUCAGACCAUUAUAUCACGGAACCCUGCCAUCUCAUUUCCUAUCACACCCCCGUACAGUGUUACGUUCACAUGAUUGGUUCUUAAUAAGGUUUCUCACUGAAUCAGAAUAAGGAAGAUACAGUACUCGCUGCAAAAUAUAUUUAUGUUUUCUUCCUCUUGUAAUAUCUUUGAAAACAAGAAGAUGGAAUAUCACAUGAUGGUCUUGUGACCGAUAUUAAAGAUCCCCUUUUAAGAAGCAAUGUGUGUAGUGUAAAUGGAAAAUUAAUUCACUCAUUUUCACCUGUUAACCUAAUGCAAUAGAUCUCUUGCCAUCAGAGAAUAUUCUAGAAUAUUACAGCAUUGCAUGCAGCCUGUAACCUUGUCUGACCCACAGACACAGCGCACUUAGUAGCAUACAUGUUUUUACUUAAAGGGCUACUCCAACCACCAUGACCACUUCAGUGAUUUGUAGUGGUCCUUGUGAUGGAGUCAGUAUGUGCAAUGUUUCAGCUUGAACCAUUGCACAUACUGAGAUAUUCUUAAUUGCGUGCUGGGGGCUAGUUGCUCCCCCAGCACACGUGAUAUUGGCAGCCCAGAACUGAAUUCAAUUCUGUGCAUACAUUACAUCAGUGGUCAGCACUCACUGCACACAGACAACACACGUGCAGAUCUUCCUUUCAAAGGCAGAACUCUCCCCUAGCACCCUUCCUCCCAGAUGGGCAAUCCCUCCGCGCCCCCUCCAUUGCCGGCUGUUCUUUUAUUUUUAGAAGCAAACCCCACUCCCUCUGCCACCCUCCCCAUGCCAGUCCAGACCGCACUCAUGCGCUCUGAGCCAGUAAAAUGGCCCAAUGACAGCCUGUGAUUGAACGUCAUGUGGCCCCAGUGAUGUCUGAAGGUGGUUUGGAAAAACAGCGCUGGGAGCUUUGCCAGGUGCUGUUUUUUAUGUAAGUAAAACUUUUUACAGGUUUUAAAGGGCACAUUGCACCAGGAAGGUCCCCCCUCUCAGUAUGUGGAACAAUGUGUGCAAAAACUUAAUAUUUGUCCUUAAAACAUUAAAAUUAAUGUAAUGAAACCUGUAUUCCUAAUGUAUUCCUAUUUUUUACACUUUAUAUAUUUAUGCUCCCCACUAAUGUAAAUACAAUUUGUAAGAAGAUAGUUUUACUUACCUCUUUUUCAGUGCUGAGAUUGAGACUCUGCAGUCGCUGGACCUGCCUCUGUGAUGCCAUGCCGUAACUUCCUGCAUCGGAACGCUGAGUUAAAGGGACACUAUAGUCACCCAGAAAACUUCAGCUCAAUGAAGUGGUCUGGGUGCCAGGUCGCUCUGGGGUUAACCCUGCCUGCUCUGAAACUGCUAUGUUUACAUUUGGGGUUAAGCCAGCCUCUAGUGGCUGUCUUCCUGACAGCCACUAGAGGCGCAUCUGCGACGCUGGAGGCAUAUUAUGCCUCCAUCACACAGAGCGUCCAUAGGAAGGCAUUGAAAAAUGCUUUCCUAUGGACACUUUGAAUGCGCAUUCCGCUCCGCUGACGUCAGACGGGGGAGCUGAUGUCGGCGGGGCAGGAGAGGUUAGGGAGCCCGGCUGUGGAAGGUGAGUAACUGAAGGGGUUUUAACCUCUUCAGCACCACGGGAGGGGGACCCUGAGGGUGGGGGCACCCUCAGGGUACUACAGUGUCAGCAUAAAACUGAUUUGUUUUCCUGACACUAUAGUGAUCCUUUAAUGUUGGAGGUUAGCUGUCACAGACAAGUUUGACUGGGUUCUCACAGGAAAAGCGGCUCUAGUGGCUGUCUACCUGGCGUAUCUUCUAAACUAAUGUCUUACAUUGCAGGGUUAAAACUAAAGGACUACUGCAUCCAGACCACGCCAUCUAGAUGAAGUCUGGGUGCUUUUAUUGGUCCUUAGACAGAAAUCUUCUCUGCACCUCUUAUUGGUUGUACUUUGGGGAUAUCCUGCGGACCCCAAAAAGUGUUUUUUGUUUUUUUUUUGUUUUUUUUUUUCCUUUAAGUAACAAAUUCUGGAUCCGUCUUGUUAAUUUGAAAACUGACAGCACUGUUUUGUCCUAUUUGUUUGUACUGAAAAUUUGGUGUACUUACUGUAUGUCUUUUUCUGUUAGUGUUGUGGAUAUCUGCACGUUAACAGUGCUGUCAGUGCUACAGCAAUAUGUAGGCAGAUUAUGCUCAAUGAAUGUUUCGAACCUAUUGCUUUAUUUCGAGGAGGGAGGAAUGGUAAAACAGGUUUGCGUGGAUGUGAAGCAUAUGGGAUAUGUAUGAGUGUUUUAGAAAAAAUGUCCUAGCAUUAUAUCUCGGAGCAGCACACUGAAUGGUUUGUAUUUUUUUGGUUUUCUUUUCUAAUGCAGUCUUCAUUGGGUGUAGAUUUUUGAAGUAGCAAAGUGCAUUAAAUUACAAGUAAAGAUCUGGCAAAGAUUUAGUUUAAUUUAUUGUUUACAUCACAAAAACCAUCAACUCAUAGCAAAUAAAAAUCAACUGUACAUUCUUUUAAUACCGUUUUAAAAUGUGUUACAGUGUCUGUAUAUAGAUUUUUUGUAAUUACUGACAUUCCCGUCUUGUAGCGGAGUAAAAAUAUUCAGGAAAAGUAGAAAAAGUGUGAUUUGUGGUUCUGAGAUUGACAAGACCCUCCCCAUCAUUUAACUCAAAGAAUCAUUAAUACUGAUCAAAGCAUCACAAUAUUUUCACCCUUCACUUUGAUUUUACAUGUACAUUUACGAGUGUUCUAAUUAGUUACUAAGUGUCCAAAUAGAAAAUCAGACAUGGUGCUCAGAGCAGGAAAAUCAAACAUUUUCCCAGAAAGUGAUCCAGAUCUGUGUCUGGGUAUUGACUCAUGUUGGACUAUAUGGUUUGUUUAGGAAAUGUAGACAUGUCUUGCGCAAACACUAUACCAGACUUUAGAAGUUGAGUGAUGGGUUUUGUAUGUUCUAAGUGAAGUAAAAUAACUUUUUGUCUCAUGUGUAAAGUAGUCCCACAUUAAACCGGUGGUUGUUUGAAGAAUAGACAGUCACGUGCAGGGGAAAUGAGUCAUAGCUUCCUAAAUCAGGGAGAUGAACCGGCCUUCUGGAGACUAGUAUGAAGCCACUUUUAUCAAGUUAAGUUCCUUGCCUAAAGAGCUUACAAUUUCUGAUGUAUCCAAUUUGAAUAAUUAUUCAUAUAGUUCUUAAAUGGAAAUUACUAGUCAAUAUCCUAAAGAAAUCCUUUAUGGUUUAUUCCCUAAACAUGGGAUUGUAGUGAAUUGAAAGUCGAAUGGCACAAUUUAGGCUACCAUAGCCAAGCAGACGAUAGCUGAUUUACUUAUAUUUCCAGUAUGGUUGUCAGUUCAGUACAAUUUUGUGUUUAGUUUUUGACAUAAAUAUCAAAAUAACAGUGCUUCUAUUUCAGAUUGUUUACAUUGUUAUAUUUUAUUCUGGCAACAGCCUCAUUUUAAAAUGUAAUGUGUCAUUGAAGGAAAUAAAUAAAGCCUUUCGAGGAUAAUAUGUAAAUUAUAUUUUAACCUGAAUUUUGCUUCAUAGUCGGCACACUCCCACAACGCCGAGAUGUAAAUCAAAACCUUUCAUGUAUAGACGACAUUUUAACCCCUUAAGGACACAUGACAUGUGUGCCAUGUCAUGAUUCCCUUUUAUUCCAGAAGUUUGGUCCUUAAGGGGUUAAAGGGACACUAUAGUCAUCAGAACAACUACAGCUUAUUAUAUUUGUUAUAGUGAGUAGAAUAAUUUCCUUCAGGCUUUUUGCAUUUUUGGUUUUGUUUUGUGGUAAAUAUUUUAUAACACAAAAAGGAUUGUGUGCAUGUUUUUUUGCAUUUUUUUUUUUUGAUAACUUCACUGGCCACUCCUUAGAUGGCUGCCAGAGGUGCUUCCUGGGGCAGUGCUGCCAUUCAGUGUCUCCAACCUCUGCAUGCAGGUACUGAAAUUUCCUCAUAGAGAUGCAUUGAUACAAUUUAUCUCUAUGAGGAAAUGCUGAUUGGCCAGGGCUGUGUUUGACUUGUGCUGGCUCUGCCCCAGAUUUUCCUCCUUGAAGGUCUCAGCCAAUCCAAUAGGGAAGCAUUGUGAUUUGCUCAGAACACCACUUCUGAUGAUGUCAGCAGACAGCAGGCAGGUCAGAGGCAGACAGGGGCAAAGCCAGGAUCUAUAGACGUUAAUACAAGUAAGAUUUUACUAUACUUAGAGAAGCAAGGGGGAACCAGGGGGGCUAGAUGGUGAUUUUAACACUGUAGGGUCAGGAAUAUAUGUUUGUGUUCCGGACUCUCUAGUGUUCGUUUAACUGAGUUAAUUAAGUGAGGAAUUAAUUAAAGGACUAAUUAGAGGCCAAAAUAGCUAAACUGGAAAAAUGAUCUAAGUCAGCUAUGCUUCCAGUCCAUUGAAACAAAGUUGUUAUGGUGCCAAGAGGUUCCUGGCGCUCGCUCAUUUAAAGGGGUUGAACUGUUCUCAAACAGCUUAACCCCAAAGUCUUUGCUCCAGUGCACUAUCUCCCUGCCUCUCUGCCCUUACAUUUUCUAAUUAUCUCUAAACCUGGAGGCUUUUGCAGAAUUGGACAGCAGUGCUGCUGAUUGGCUGAGAGCUGUCAGCGGCUUUCGUUAUAGAGCUUUUUAGAAAACAGAAGGGCAGAGAGUCAGGGAGAUUAGGUACUGGAACAAAGACUCUGAGGUUAAAUUGUUUGAGAAUGGUUUAAGGUGAGCUGGCACCAUAACCACUUAAUUUUGGCAAAUUAGUUGCGUUGCGUAAACUGUUUCCUUAAGUGAUUUAAUAAUGUGUUUAUAGGUUUUAAGCUACCUAAGGUUAAAGAUGUGAGAUGUGGAUAUACUGCUCCAUGUUACAAAUGUAAUAUAUUAUUUUAAAGCAGUUACACACAUUUUGUAGGACACUGAUGUAUGGAAGAACAUUUAGAGGAAAGUUACUUUCCACCAACCUGCUAAAAAGUGCAAUGGCAUUCCAAAUAGCUUAAGUUACGGUGAUGUAUGGAAAUGUUUGCAUGUAUGAAUGCUAUAUUUGGCGGCAGACAUUACUGAAAUAUCACAGCUAUACAUACAGAAUAAUACAUUACGUAUUUUUUUGGUAUUUUUUUUUUUUUUUUAAAUACACAUAAUGAGACAUUCCAGGUUGGAUGAGACCCCCAAUUUCAAUGUAUUAUGAUGCAUUAAAAAUAUGCAAAAAAAAUCUUUAUAAAUUAUUCAAGAACUGCUUCUUCUUGCUGUGUGUGCUUCUCAGACCAAGAAGUAGCUGAUACUAUCCAUUUAUUGUCAGUGGGAGAACAGAGAAAAAUCUCCAACCGUGCUCUGCAAAGGUUUAUGGGAUAUGUAGUUCAGCACGUCAUACCAUACUCCGUGUGUAGGAGACUCAACAAAAGACUCAGUGAGAGAAAAGAUAAAGUGUCCUAAACACGUCUUUCAUCCGGUGUGCCGUGCUGCAAUGCAUUUUCCCCUGGGGCUGACUGAGCAUCAUGGGAAAUGAAGUCCAGACACAUCUGAAGUGCCAUGUUUUAUAGUUUUAUCAGUAAGAAAACGAAUUUCCCAAGUUUGCUAAUAUUAUGCACCUUGCAGUUACUAUACUAUGGCCAUGAUAUCUUCAAGAAUAUAAUAAUAUAUGUACAGAUAGCAAAGCUACAUUGUUUUUUAAAGUUUCUAUCCUAGCAAUUCUGUGCUUUACUAGUAAAACCCUCUUUUCAGUUUGGUGACUUUCUGUUGUUUUAAACAGCAACCUAAAUAUCCGUGUUUAUGUCAUGCUCGCAGGAAAUGUUAUGUCUGUUGUUUACAUUUUUUUAGUAUUUUUUUACAGAUCAGAUGAAAUUAAGUUCUAGAGGUUUUCACAGACUCUAGAGUCGAGGCCUGCAAGCAAGUGCCAAGCCAAUGCCUUUCUAUAAAAAAAAAAAAAAAAUAGGAAAAUCAAUCUUUUCUUCCCUGAUUCGAGCUUGGAAACAGCUCCUUUUCCAUGUCCACUGCUGCCCCCAUGCACUGGGGGGCUGUCUCAUUGUCUUUGCAGUUAAUCCAUUGACAAUCCUCUGGGGGCAGCCAGUACAGUGACAGAAUCUCACUACUUAGGCUGCUACAACUCAAUUAGAUGAGUAUAUACACUGCAGAGAAAUCUAGUUUAUUUCCUCAAUGGCAGAUGGAUGCUACUGUGUGUGUUUUUGUUUUUUUUCUUCAGCACCUCCUAUUCUACAAAAGAGAUGAACCUGUGUUUUAUCAUAUGAAACCACAGUAUACAUCAGUCUUUCAAUAGUGCAAUGUCUAUGUCCCUUCUGCCCUUGUGAGGCAGGGGAUAGUAUAAAAUUCCCCCCCCCCCCAGCAUUCCACCAGCAUCCAGAAUAAUAAUUCUGGGACCAGAUUUAGCCUAUGUAUGGACUAUCCUUUAUCCAUAAUUACUUGUCUCCAUUUCUGGGUAGUUAAAUGACUCAAUACGGACUGUCCUUUGUAAGCACAAAAUAAAUCUGUUUAUUAAUUGUGCCGUAAUAGGGAAUGUCUGUGCUCUCUAAAUUAAAGACUUACUCAGGCACAUAUAUUCCCUUUAUUAAGGGAGAACACUUGAUCUGAAUAUGAGUUCAGAAAUACACUCUUGCCUUGUUUUGGGUCGUGAAGCUACAUCUUUUUUAGAAUCCUUUACAUUUCCCCAGAUACACAGAUUCACAUCUUGAUAAUUGCAUAAUUAACUAUUCUGGACCAGUAGAAAUGCUUUAACUAAAGAGGCACUGCAAAUUCUACAGCUACGUAUGAUUUGUGAACAGAGUAUGGUGUCAAAGAACACCUUUGUUCCUGUUUCCCUACAUCAGGUACAUUGUAACAGCUGUGUUUUCCAAAAAUCACAGCUACAGUUCUUAGGCCACCCAACACUCUGUGGCAUCAUAAGGGAAGUCUGUGGUACACCCUAUAUACACAAGUUGAUGUACACUGUGUACAGGAAGCGCUGGCUAUUGCUGUAAAGGUCCUUGUUAAAUUUACUGCAGCCAUACUCAUGCACAUGUAUGACUGACAUAAUUUGUGAAAACACAGAUUGAAGGUGUUCUGCAAGCUAAUAGAGGCACACUGCAGUUUCUAUUGGCGGAUAGAAUAGACUCAUUCACACGUUUUCAUUAAUUAAACUACACAUUAUUUUUGAACUACUGUUCAUCAGGGAUUAUGAGAGAUGCAUAAUUGGAAGGACUAGGAUUGACUGAGAAGCCUCAUCCAGUUCCUGGCCUUUGCAGAUUUGCAGCAUUGACAUUUUGAGGGUGUUUCUAUAAAUGUUAUUAUAGCCGUUUGGUACAUGUUUUUUAUGUAUUUAUUAAAGCAUGAAUAUCUUCUCUCUUAUUUCUUGCAGAUAUAUGUUGGCUAAGGCAGGAAAGCGAAAGUUUGACGAGCAUGAAGAUGGGCUGGAAGGCAAAGUGGUGUCUCCCACAGACGGACCAUCUAAGGUGUCCUACACUUUACAGCGCCAGACUAUCUUCAACAUUUCCCUCAUGAAACUCUACAACCAUCGGCCACUGACAGAGCCACGGUUGCAAAAAACAGUUUUAAUAAAUAACAUGCUUAGGCGAAUUCAGGAGGAACUGAAACAAGAAGGUAGCCUAAGGCCUAUGUUUAUCAGCACUUCUCAGCCUACCGACCCUCUAGGUGACACCUACCAGGAGGCUCAGCCUGCAUUCAGCCAUCUUGCCUUGCAGCCUGUUCAACCUGACCUAGUAAGCACUACACCACUAGAGUCUUGCCUCACCCCAGCCUCCUUGCUUGAGGAUGACACGUUUUGCACUUCCCAAACAGUCCAGCAGAAUGGUCCUAUCAGCAAACUACCAUCACCUCUUCCAACACCUUCUCCGCCUUCUGUCCAGCCAGUAAAAGACAGUUUUUCCUCAGCUUUGGAUGAAAUUGAGGAGCUUUGUCCAACAUCUACCUCAACAGAGGCAACAGCAACAGCACAUCUCAAGGAUGAAUCUGUUGCGUCUGGUACACUUAAGCCUGAGGGAACACAAGAGAGCAGAACAAGUGAGCCAAAACUAAUGGAUUCCCUUCCUGGGAAUUUUGAGUUGACAACAUCCACUGGCUUUCUUACUGAUCUGACAUUGGAUGAUAUUCUUUUCUCAGAUAUUGACACGUCCAUGUACGAUUUUGACCCUUGCACAUCUAAUGCUGGAACAACCUCUAAAAUGGCACCAGACGAACUUCUGAAAACAUUAUCUCCUUACAGCAGCCAACCAGUCACCCCAAAUCAGCCUUUUAAAAUGGACCUUACAGAAUUAGACCAUAUCAUGGAGGUUUUGGUUGGGUCCUAAAGCAAACUUCACUCGAACGGAUUUAAAGCACUUUGCAUGCGUACUCUCUUGCCUUUUGAGAAGAAGGAAUAACAAACAAACAAAAAAAACAACAAAAACAAGGAUCGUGAUAAAGCUGUAUUGGAGUGCCUUCUGUAUGAUCACUUGGAGAUAUUUUAUAAAUAAUUCUCCAAGGAUAAUCAUACCACAAUUCUCUAAAGAUUGCAUAUUCCAAACCAUUGAAUAACUCGAAAACAUCAGUUUGUUGUAUAUGUUAAGCACAAGAAUUACGUUGGGAUGGGUGGGGGGUGGUACUGCUGUAAAUUGCAUGUGCAUAAUUGUCUAUUUUUUCAAUAAGUUUUAUUGCAAAAGGUAAAAAUUUUAUUAUUUAGGUAAUCAGAGCCCCUUUUUGGCAUUUUAGUCCUUUUUAGGUUAAAUUAUAGAGUUAAGAAAUGGAGGCAUUAAUUACCGCUUUUACAGAAAAAAAAAAUGUACAAAAAAAAACCCAACAAAACUUGCAUAUACAUAGCUGCUUAGAUACCGCUGUCCAAAUGUUUUUUAUAUUUUUGUACAGAUUCUGUCAUUUAUAAUGUUUUUUUCUAGGAAAAAUGGGGAGAAAAAAAUUGGUGUUUAUACACAAACAAUUACUUUUGUUUCGUAUGAAUUUCUUCACCACUUAUAAUGUACAAGCUAGGCCUGAAAUGUUAUUACACACCAUUGAAUUAUUUUUUUGUCUAUGGUGUGAAGAAAAUAUUUAAUUGAAACUCCUAUUAUAAAAAAGGAGAACAAUUUCACCACCAGAGGGCAGCAACAACUUAGCCUAACUUAGCCUAACUGUGAGUUGCACAUUGUUUUUGGGAGGGGUGCGUGGGGUUAAGGAAUGGCCAUGAAAUAUUUUGUCAUCUUAUUGAAAGUAUUUAUUCCACAUUGAUAAAUGUAUUUAUUUUUCACAAUCAAUGUUUUAUACGAUCCCCAUGGAUUGCACAGAGGGAAUUAUUUAGAUAUUUUAGGUUUGACCAACCAUGUGCUCAAAAGAUUUAUAAUAAUUUUUCACCACUCAGUGUUUUUAAGAUAAUUUUUUUUUUUUUUUUAAAGUACACCCCAUUUAAUUUUUCACGUCAUGCCCUUGGCAGAUUAACUUGUCAGUUUGAGUGUGGUGAAGUAUAAUGCUUCUCAUAGUAACAGUAUUUUUGACGUCACACUAAAAUUAACAAUCUCUUCAUUUUCCCAUGUUAUGUGGUUUUGUUUUGUCUGAGAAUUUUAUUCUAAAACAGGGGUGAUGAACUGUCCAACAUCCCACUUAGGAUUCAGCUCCCAUAAUUAUCACAGCUCAAACCUAUAGAAGACCUAGAGGAUUAUGGGUAUUGUUGUAAAUCGACAUCCAAGUUCUGAAAUGUUCUGAUCAGGAGAAUGCCUUUGUUCCAUUAAGUUAUCUUCCCUUCACGUUAACCCUUUCCGCAUGAUAGGAGUAAGAAAUUAUCCGACAUACUCAGCGUAUAAUAAUCGCAUACUUUGACUGGCAAUCUGUACUGGGGAAAUAUGGAAAACUGAUACCCCUCUUUCUUACGGUCCAUCAGUGUUUUUGAAACUAAAUAUGCUGUCCCCCCUGCUCUGCUGGUGUAUGUGUCUUUUGACUCAUAUUUUCCCCAUUUGACAGUGUAUAUGUGGAAACUAACACAUGCUAAAAGUAUUCUUACUGGUUAAGUAUUUUGAUAAUUUGUCAGCUUCUUAUUGUAGUGGUUAUGGUGCAAUGAGUUCAUGGGCACCUUUACUAGUUUUUCCCUGACAGAGCUCCCAUACUAUCAUUCACCUCCAAAGUUGAUUCACCUAACCAAUUGCAUUUUGUAUUAAAAGUGCAGUUGCAGAGCGGGUGGUGUGUGGAUGCCAGGGGAGCCACGGCUUAUUUUGAACUGCCCCAAAAUAUGUAUAAAUAGCACUCAUAGACUAGUCGCACCAUAACCACUACAAUGAGGUGUGUUUAAAGUGUCCCUUUAAAACUAUAGGUAUAGCAUAAGAGUAGACAUCUACCUAGCUUUCUUAACUUAUCAAGCUUUAGAGCAGAUCAACAACAUCUGGUGAUCUACAUUUAGCCCACCCCUGCACUAAAGUAUUAAGCUAUUGUUUUGUGAAGGUGGAACAGCAUGUUUAACCCAUUCUAUAUCAGUGGGGUGCCACCCUUAGUAUUGCCACUUUAUUUGAGCCCAGACACAAAGUCCUCAUUUUAAGUAUAGAAGAGAAGCGUUUUGUUUAUUAUUGUUAUACAGCUGUCUUUUUGUUUUUACUGUUAUGUGAUGUUAGGAGACAGGUAAAGUCGAGAUUUCCUAAUGGACUCCCAGGUCACCGUGUUUGGUAUACUCACUAUAUCUUUUGAAAAAAGUACAUUUUAACAGGGGUAGAAAAAAUGUUGUCCUACAAAUGUUGAGGAACUUCAUCUCCCAUGAUGCUUUGAUAAAGAAUUCCAUACACCAUGGGAGUCCUAUAGGCUUAUUUACUAAAGUAAGAGUUCAAAGUGAAUUUCAAAUUUAUGGUUAAAAUUGCAAAACUAGUUCUCCAAUCUGGCUAUGCUCUCAGUCCAGCUAAUCUGGCAUUACAUUUGAAAUUAUCUUUGAAUUCAUACUUUAGUAAAUAUCCUCGAUACUUUCUCAACUUCUAGAAGACUGCCUGUUGGCUGUUCCAAUCCCAGAACCUGCCACUCCAGCAAUCCAAUUGUUAAUCUCAUAAAUUCUUCAGGGAACUUUACCAGUAAGUCCAUGUAAUAUGUCUACAGCAAUGCCAUGAGAGGAGCAUUAAUAUGUAACCAGUACAGAAUCAAACAGUUAUUUUUUUUUUUUUUAUAAAUUAAAGAAACAAUAUUAUUAUUAACCAGAUAACCAUUAAAUCCUUGGAGAUCUUGUCUUGGCUUGGAAUGUACUACCCAUUUUGCAUUAGUUAGACUUUUGACAAUUUGGUAAACGUAUAAAACAUUCCAUGUCAGAGAAUGAUCUCUAAAGACCACAUUAUGCCGAUGGCAUGGGUUUCCAGUGGCUGUUAUAAUAUAAACGGUUAAUAUGCGCCAUAUUAAAGAUAAAGUUUGUCCCCUACAACAUUCAUGGGGAUUUAACAGUUUUAAGAUUGGCAAAGCCUUAAUGAAAUUUGGAACUCUAGAGCGUGUGGAGAGCUGGGACACUUUGUGGCCAGUCCUCGUUUAGAGAUAUUUGUACUUUGUUACGGACAGUUACAAUCCUGCUAGAAUUUUAGGAUUAACCCAUGCACCUAACAUGAAACAAGUCCUUCUUUUUACCUACUGCACGAUGGUUCAUGUUCACGUCUGUCUCUCCUCUCUAUCCUGCAGUAGGACUUCCAUUGGCCGAAAUUAGUCACACAUAGUGAUGUCCCGAACGGUUCGCCGCGGACAGCGAACAUAUGCGGUAAACUUUGACCCUGUACCUCACAGUCAGCAGACACGUUCCAGCCAAUCAGCAGCAGACCCUUCCUCCCAGACCCUCCCACCUCCUGGACAGCAUCCAUUUUACAUUCAUUGUGAAGCUGC